GAUCUCCCGGGGGGCCGCGCGUGUUCAUUUGCAUGCGGGCGCGCGCUCUCGCUCUCCUCUCCCAGGCAAGGCAAGAAGCCUUCGAAGCCGGGGGGGGGGCGGGGGGGACGCACGCGCACCUUGCCUCCCCCGCGUGCGCGCCUCCCCCGCCCCUCUCCAGCUGACGCUUGGGUGUGUCCCGGAGCCUCGACGAGCUGGGCGGCGGCAACAGGAGGAGGAGGGGGCGGGCAGGGCAGGGCCGGGCCCAGCUGUCGCGCCUGCGCGCCGCCGGCAGCCCCGCCCCCCCGCUUCGCCCAUCCUUUCUCGUUUUUCCUUCUGUGAGGCGGCCGCUCCGCUCCCUUUCCCUUCCCUCCCCCUCGCCCUGUCCCGUCCCUCGCCGCUUCCUUCCUCCUGUCUGUGCCAUGGAUGGGUAAGUACCUGCCUCGCCCCGGCGGUCGCGGACGGGCGGAUUGCACCCGCCUGUGGAGGCGAAAAGCGGGGGGGGGGUCUUUCCCUUUCCAACCCCCCCUCCCCAUCCCUCCCCCGUCCCCACCUCACCGGGGCCGGCGGCUCCUUCGCUUUGUGCACACUGUUAAUCUCUUUACCUCUGUGUUUUUUUUGCCAAAUAUCCCGGGUUGGUGGAGGGGCGGCGAGGGCAGCGGCGAGGCUGGUGGGAGCGAAAGAGGAAGCGCGGGGUGGGGGGUGGGGAUCGGCGGCAGCGAUAAAAGGUGCGGUCACCCGGGCAGGUAAGUAGGUAGGUGGGGUGGGGCGCAUAAUACGUAGGUGGGACAGGAGGGAAGGGCGGCAUCUGGCGCAUGUGUUGGGGGAUGUUGCUUCGAGCCGCCUCCUUUCGGAUUUGCGCGCCCGCCCCUCCAAAAUCCGGUUCUUCGCAUUCCUUCUCCUCGCGUCUUUUGGGGGGGGGAGGAGGAGAAGAGGGGUCACGGGGAGUUUGCAGCGGGAGCUGCUUCUCGGGCAUGUGAAGGCGAGGGGAAAACAAGCUGGCCCGGCCUCCUCUUCCUCUCCCUUCCCCCGAACCUGCCGGGGUGGGGGAGGAGGAGGAGAAAGAGCGAGCGCGCAACUUUUCCCCCAGGUACGGCGUGACGAGCCCGCCUCGAAAACUUCUUACGUCUUGUUGCGCUCGGGGCCGUGCAGCUGGCUGGGGCGACUUUUUAAGUCUCUCUCCGUCCCUUCCUCGCUGGCCAUUGUUGGAUCUUUCUUUUUUUUCCCUCCUCCUUCCAAAAAGGAAGCCUCCCACAAGAGCAACAGAUUUCUCUCCGUCCCCACCCCGCUCUCUCUUCCUCUUUCUCGUUGCGACAGCAGUAAAGGAGACGAGCCUAAGUUGCAAGGCUUGCAAGGACGGCGUUUUGUUUUGCUUGCUUCUCUCCUUUUGCAGCUGCUGCGGGUCAGGUGUGGUGGGCAACAGUUUUCCCUUUGCGCGACGAGUCGCUCGCGCGGAGGAAGGAAAGCGUGGCGAUGUUCUGGGGAGGGAGGAAGGCGCGUGGCGCAUCUUGCGCGGGGGAAACGCGUCUGCGAAGGAGACGGAGCUUGCUGGUCGUGGGGAAAGGGGGUGAGCGAGAGCAGGCCGCGGGAGGAGCGCUUCCUCGUUGAGCCCGGGGAGACUCCCACCAGAGGGGGUGGUUGCCGGAGCGCAUCGUGGCUUUUCCGCCGCUGCGCAAGAGCAGAACCAGGAAAUAGAGAGCGCCGCCUUAAGUUAAAGGUUGCAGACGCGCCCGCUUCUAACAUUGCAGCGUGACUCGCGGUGUUUCUGCCCCCCCUUCAGAUUUCUUUCCUCCUCCUCUUAAGCAGAUAUUGUAGUAGCCUUGUAAAGCGCAGUCAUCAGCAACAACUGGAGAAGCUUAUCGCUUUAAUCUCGCCUUGGGACUGGUGAAGGCCAUUAACUAAUUAAUUGGAACUCUAGUCACACGCAGUAAUGAAAACAGACCCCGUCGUGUUUGCUCUUCAGGUGUUUAAAUCAGCCUCUGGAAAAGGCUUACCUGUACCUUUUCUCUCUGGAUGUUGCCUUGCAAUGGUGGUUUUCUUAAUUUCAGCUUUUUCUGUCCCGACUGUAACGCAAAAUUCAAAUGUGUGUUUUAAGUUCCAUGGGUUUUGAUAGCCUUGUACAUUUCAGGUUCUGAUCCCCCCCCCAGCCCACCCCUCAAAUACAUGUGAAUAUUUUGGUGACUCAUUUGUGGAGAAUAUUUACACACACAUGUGCAUGGAGAAUAUAUUGGUUGGUAGUGUGUCUAUGUGCACAUUGGUCAUUUGAUUGUUGGCAGCCAGUGUGGGUGCUCAUUCUUCGGACCAUUGUGUGCAGAUCAAGAGUAUCUGCCUGGUGGAGCAUGCAUGAAAAGUUGGGUGGUAUUUAUUAGUGAUGAAGAUCAGAUAAAACAGUUCAUGUUUUGUAGUAUGUUUUCCUGUGCUGUAAGUUUCUGCUUUCUGUUACUGUAAACAAGUCUCCAAACUGGCAUUUAAGUUAAGCAUAUGUACUUUGAGAAGGCUCAGUGCUCUUAUGCAUAAAUAUGAGUGGGUUGCUUCAUAAAAUUAGUUGCUAAGCCUAGAUUUCCAUUACUUUUUUUGGAAGCACACUUUUAUUUUAUCUUUUUGUAAACCUCUUUGAGGGCUUUCAACAAUCAAGCGGUGUGCAGUUUAAUAAAUAAAUCAGUAAUAAAUGAUACAGGAUUAUGAAUUGUACAAUUGAGUGCAAUCUGAUUCACUACUGAGUGAAGCAUGUCUACUGAGAAGCAAUUCCCAUUGAGGUCAAUGUGGUUUAUUCCCAGGAAUCUAGAUACAGGAUUGCAAUCUUCACCUCCGACUUGAAUAUCAGUGUUUCUCUAUGGCAUAUGCAUUUCAGGAUUCUGUUACUUAAUAACUCUUAAAAAUAUACCUUAGCAGUUUUCAUCUAGACAUGACAUCAUUGGGGUUAAUCUAACCUUUAUACAACAUGAUUUAUCCCCACUAAUAAGUCAUAUUGUGGAAAGCUGACUUUCAUACUGUUAUACCAUAGGUAGUUGAGCACAAGCUUUCUCAGAAAUUUAAAGUGAAUCAGUAGCAUGCAGUGUAGAUGCAUGAUUUAUACCAUGUUUAGAGUGCACAUUUGUGUAUCAUUUCUAAUAAAAACCCCAGUAUCUUGCAUAAAAGCAGCACCUCUCCUUGUAAGCUGAAUAAUUGAUACUGCUAAGCACAAGUGUUCCAAAUGUGUUUUUCCAUCUUCAAAACUGUGAAAUGAAAAAACCCCAAAUAUAAUUAGCCUGCAUUUUUAACCCUUUCAGGUACUCUUCUGCAAAUACAUGGAUUGUAGCACAUUUCAAACAAAGGAAACUGAUAUUCUCAGGAUUUCAAUAAGUGUCUGGUGGUCUCUUAGUUACAUGUGUCUUAUUUGUUAAAAGAUGUAUUUCCUACUUGAUAUAAAUUAUACACCAUAGUUUAUAGUUAUACACAGUAUGAAGAGGUUGGCCAGAAGACAAACUUCAAACCCCCUUUUAGGUGUGAAUUUGGUUCUACCAGCUCUGCUUAGGUGCCCACCUAUAAAAAUGAAAUGGCUAAACUAUGGUUUCUGAGUUUGCUUGAGAAGAUUACACAAAGUGUGCAAAGUACUUUAUAUUUACUUCACUAUAUAAAGUAGGUAUAGGUUAGCCACUUCCUAAGUGUAAAACAGGGACACGGGUAGUGCUGUGGGUUAAACCACAGAGCCUCGGACUUGCUGAUCAAAAGGUUGGUGGUUCGAAUCCCCGUGAUGGGGUGAGCUCCCGUUGCUCGGUCCCUGCUCCUGCCCACCUAGCAGUUCAAAAGCAUGUCAAAGUACAAGUAGAUAAAUAGGUACCGCUCCGGCGGGAAGGUAAACGGCGUUUCCGUGUGCUGCUCUGGUUCACCAGAAGCAGCUUGGUCAUGCUGGCCACCGGAAGCUGUCUGCGGACAAAUGCCGGCUCCCUCGGCCAAUAAAGCGAGAUGAGUGCCACAACCCCAGAGUCGGUCACAACUAGACCUAAUGGUCAGGGGUCCCUUUACCUUUACCUAAGUGUAAAACAAAGCUUUGAAAUUUUGGUCUGUUUGCUAGAAUACCAGCAUUGAAUUUGAGUUCAAAGUUGUACUUAGCCAUGAUUUUUUAGGCAGUUUUAAGCUAACGAUUAUCAGCCUGAUGUAUACUUAAUACAAAGGCUGUGAUGCAGAAGGUCCACAAUACUUCUCAGAAGUUGUCACUGCAACCUCACCCACACCAUAUUUAAACCCUUAAAGCAUACUUCUGGCUUGGACAUGAGAUUUUUAUAGGUAGACUAAGGAGAAUAAUUUCCCUUUAACAAAAACAAACCACCCAUCUUGUGCCAAGUUCCCAAUCAAGUUCAAAAACCAUCCACCAUAAUUUCUGCAGUGCUUAGACUGUUCUAAGCUCUGUACUUUGAUUAAAGAAAGGAGGCAGGCUAUGCCCACAGGCAUAAUGUUUAUUAGACGUAUCGUAUUAAAGGAAAGAGGAAUGAAAGCAAUAAAGCACAUUCAACACAUCAAUUCUUAAAGUUAGUGUAGUUCAACUUGUAGUGACCAGUUGAAAUGGCUGCUGAGGAGGCACUUCUGAGAAACAAGGAAGCAAAAUGGCAGUUGGAGGCAGCUAACCUGAUGGAGUCAGUUUUGCUGCCUCCUCAGACCCAGUCACCAGGAAAAGAAUCGGAAGCAACUUGGUUACAGGGCAGGUUCUUAGAAACAAAUUGGAACUAUGGUCAUAUUGCAACACUCUUAGCAGGCUGGCAGUUUAACACUAUAUAUGUUGAUUCCGCUGAGUUCACAGGAGCUUGCUUUUAAGUAGACAUACAUAAAAGUAUUACAUGCCAGUCAUUACAACUAUCUUGUGAUCUCGCUCCCCACCACAAUCACUUCACUUAUAGUGGGCUUGCAGUUUGUCCUGGAGGCAAAGUAAGUAUUAAGAAUGAAAUCUAAUGUGUCUCCUCUGCCUGUGGAACAGGCUUCAUUGAUACAAUGGAUUUCCCAUCCAGUCCCCGACACUGACCCAAAAUCUGCUCUGGGGGUCUGGGAGGCUCAGCAGAGCAGAUGUGAAGGGGGGAAGGGGAAGUCUGUCUGUGCAAUAGUGGUGUCCUAAGAGUAUAGGAAAUUGGUUCAAAGGUGCAAGUUUUUAACAUAGAAAUGAUGCUCAAGUCAUGCUGUAAAUGGGUGUCAGUGUGCUUAAUUCAGCUAAUUACAGUGAGGCAAGAUGUCUAUUGGUAUGUGGCUUUACUUAUAGUAAAGCUGCAGUGUGGGUGAGGUGUGAGUUGUGUAACAAAAGUACAGUGGUACCUCGGGUUAAGUACUUAAUUCGUUCCGGAGCAUGAUUUCUGUUCUCAUCCUGAAGCAAAGUUCUUAACCCGAGGUAAUAUUUCUGGGUUAGCGGAGUCUGUAACCUGAAGCGUAUGUAACCCGAGGUACCACUGUAUCUAGAAUGCAUUAAUGCAUGGUGCUCAGGAACCUUACUUGGUGAGUUUUAGGUACUAGAGUGUUGUGUAACAUUUCUGCUUCGUUUUAGUUUGUUGAAUGGCUGAAGGGAGUAUUCCCCAAUUAAAGUUAAUGAAAAUUAUAUACGGUAUCUUUCAUAUUGAUGGAUAGGGUGAACAAUUGCUAAGAGGCAAAUAAAUAACCCUUUAAUUGUAAAAAAAACGAAUGUUACAUAUUUUGUCAUAUAGAACAAACCAAACCAAUUUUUUUAAAGGGAUGUAAAUAAUUUACUUUGAUACCUAAAUAAUAGAGCUGAAUGGUUUUUUGUUCUGCCUUUCAGGCAACUGAUAUAUCUACGUAUCACCAAAACAUCAACGUAGAUACUUAGCAAAACAUUUACUAAAAGCUAUCAUUCAUUUUUAGAAGAAACGUGGACUUGAAUGUGUUUUGUUCAUUCCCAGUGGUGCUAAUAUGCUGGAAAUAAAAUGACUUCAAAAGUCAGCAUGUGUGCCCGGCACUGUGUGCCCGGCACUGGGCUCCCACGGCUUGCGGAGAGUUGCCUGUUCUGGGGGCUGGGGUCGGGGGAAGCUCGGGCUUCCCCCGCCCCAGCCCCGCACCUGGGGGAAAAAUAAUUUCCCCCCCUUUAUAUCUCCUCCAAAAAAACUAGGUGCGCCUUAUGGGACGGUGAGUCCUAUUGGGCAAAAAAUAUGGUAAUUGGAUAGCAACAAAUGUCAAUAUGUUUAUUUAUGAAUUUGUUGUAUUUCUCACAAAACCAAUUAGAUUUGUAAGUAAAAUGACUUCAGAUUAAGAUGCUUCUGCAUAGGAUAUUUGUGUUUAACACCCACCCCCACCCAAAAAUCAAACCUUUUUGGGGGAAGAAAAAAGUGGGUUUUCAUCCAUGAUUGUUGCAAUAUUUGAAUGAGGGGAAUGACUGCUUGGCUAUGUGGAUAUGGAGAAUCCAAGAUAGUACAUUUUAUUGGGAUAUGGACACAUAGGUUUGAGAGCCAUGGUGUGGCUUUGUGUGGCAGCAUUAUUAGGAAUAGGUUAAGUAUUUUUAUUGUCAAUGAAGCUGCUGGGGAGAGAAGUGCUGUUACCUGAAUAUCAGGUACAGUGUGUAUGUGUUCAGGUGACAUUGAUGUGGUUCUUGUGGGGCAUUUCAUGAGUUUUUGGGGGGGAGGGGCAUUCUUGUGUGAACCAUUUUACUACGUAAAAUAGUAAAAAACCUACAGAUGGAUUGUACACCGGAUGACAAAGAGUUUGCAAAAACUUCCUAAUUUGAGCUCAAUCUAGUCUAGGGUUGAGCAGUGGCUGGUUUUCAACAUCGUGAUAUAUCACCAGGUAAAGAUUGCAAUAUACCAGUACAGGCAGCCCUCCAUUUAUGCGUGGAUUACCUUCUGACGCAUCGCACGCGUCAGUGAAAUUGCGUAUAACCGAAACCCCUUGAAAAAGCCCGGAAACAUCCCAUUCCGCCCCCAACCCACCCUUUUAGUGACGUUUCAGUAACGUCUUUAUGACAUUUCCGGGUCUCUUCCGAAUUCAGUGCAAUGCACAUAUAUACGGUUUCACACAUUGAAUGCGCAUAAACGGGGGACUGCCUAUAUAUCACAAUGUCUGAUGUAAGUACAAUGGUACCUCGGUUUAAGUACUUAAUUCGUUCUGGAGGUCUGUUCUUAACCUGAAACUGUUCUUAACCUGAAGCACCACUUUAGCUAAUGGGGCCUCCCGCUGCCGCUGGGCCGCCGGAACACGAUUUCCGUUCUCAUCCUGAAGCAAAGUUCUUAACCUGACGUACUAUUUCUGGGUUAGCAGAGUCUGUAACCUGAAGCGUAUGUAACCCAAGGUACCACUGUAUGUAGAGGCAAAUGAAGUGAAGUCCUGGCAACUGCUACUAUUUUAGGGGCCUAAAACUGAUACACUAUUACUUACCUUUAGCGUAUUGUUACAAUUGUUAUUUUAUAGUACAGAGCAGGGGUAGGCAACUUAAGGCCCAUGGGCUGGAUGCGGAUCAGCGUGUUUUUACAUGAGUAGAAUGUGUCCUUUUAUUUAAAAUUCAUCUCUGGGUUAUUUGUGGGGCAUAGGAAUUCAUCCCCCCCAAAAAAAUAGUCCGGCCCACCACAUGGUCUGAGGGACGAUGGCUGGAAAAGGUUGCUGACCCCUUGUACAGAGAGACACUGUGGCAGGAAUCACGAAAGAAAUGAUGACUGGCUUCACAGUUGUUACCACAUCACAAUUUUUUACAUAGCGCGCACACACACAUUGUGAUUCACAAUAUAUCACCAUGUCGAAUCUUAUGAAACUGUUAUCACAAUGUAGACUUCAAAUUGAUUUUGGAUGGUGUGUCUAUGCAUCACCCAGCCAUAGUCUAGUCAUUGCACAAAAAAAAUAAAUAUUAUUGUGACCUGAUUUGACCGUUCUUCUUCUUCCCAUAUUCCCCUACUUGUUGUUCAAGUAAAAGAACUAGGUUGCACAGAUGAGAGGAAUCUUGUUAGUAUACAAAUUGAUUUGUUGUACUAUUGUUGUUUCAAGAGACUCUACUUUAGUUGAGUGAUCUGUGAUAGCAGUUUAAAGCUACUGCACAUUUUGACUCCUUGGCCUGUACUCAGGCUGAUGUUUUCUGGUAAUUCCUGACAUUAAAAAAGUUUCUGUUGAAUAGUGUCAACUGAACCUGCAAGUGCUUAAUAGGACAAAUGACCUUAUUUAUUAAAUUGAACUUACCAGGUGUAUAAUUUGGGUGUCCAUCUUGCUAUAGUGGUUUGGCGCAGACUGAAAGCAGCCUUCCCUUCGGUGCUGGAGCCAACUGUGGUUAUUAUAACAUGUACUCUGCUUUGUUUGCCAGACAUCCUCCCAUGGCCACUACAGCCCACUCCAUUCUGUAGGGUCCUCCAGGGUCCUUGGGGGAGACUUUUUGGUGAGCUCCUGGGGAUGAGCAUGCCACUCUGCCAGCAUUUUUAUGGAUCCAACCACUCUCUUGUUGGCUUGAGAGCAAACAUUCUUCAUCAGUGAAAGUUGCGGCUGAAAAUGUGUAGCGGUGGUGCAAUGCAAGGGUCUUGUUCGGUGUAAACUUGAAGUAUUGCUUUGACAUAGCAGUUCUACAGCUGCUCACAUCUUUGCAAUAGCUUGCAUGUGUUGUGCACAAUUUGCAUCCAGAAAUCAUCAAACAAAAAUCUAAAUAUUAAUAUUAACCUUGCACAAUGUGCCAGCUUCCUUGAUUAUGCAGGUCUUCAUGUCAAUUAAUAGAAAAAUAGUACAGUAAUAAUAGUACUAGAAAGAACAAAGAAAACAAAUGUAACAUAUUUUAAAAUGCUGCUCAAAGACAUAGUUUCUCAGAGAGGCAUAAGUUAUUUUGAUUGUGUUCCAAAUCUGACACAAGUUUGCAAUAACUUUAUUUUGUCUUUGUCCUGUUUCCUUUAUCUCUGUUCUUUCUUUCUUUUAAAAUCAAUUUCAAAAUUAAAGGAAAAACCCAAAGUUCAUCAAUCAUUUCAUUUGUAUCGAAUUUUAGUAUUUUUACUAGGGACAUUCAUCUCUGUACGGUGAACAUAUUUGAAACUAUCACAUAUGAAACUAAUUCUGUAUCUUUGCUUACCCAACUGUUCUGUAUAGUUUAAUAAACUUUAUAAUGGGUUGUGUGUUACAUAUAAAUAUUUGUAUUCUGGUUUUGUGUUUUUUCCUUUACUUUUGUUUUAUUUGCACAUGGUUAGCAUAAGCUACGUGUGAUACUGAUAGAUGAAGCUACGUGUGAUACUGAUAGAUGAAGCGAAUCCUAUCAGAAGUAGUUUGUUACCUUAGAGAUUUGGGUGUGGGUGUGUUUGGCAAAGGUGAAGAUCUCUAUUCAUUGUAUCAUUUCACUAUCUACCAUGCAUCUAUGAAUUUAAUAAACUUAAGGAAGCGGUUAUUUGAUUAAUGUUGCAUCACAUUUUCGCAAAUCAAAUAACAGUCUUGCUCAGUUUUAGCUAGCAGUUACAGUUCCGUACAACACAGAUUAUCUUGCAUCUUUCAGCAAGAACAAAAGUAUUUUCUAUCAUCCAAGCAAGAGCACACAUUCUGCCUAGAAUGUGUUAUCCCUCUAGCGCUCACAACAGUGGGCUGCAUACAUAGGGUCACAGAGGAUCUCAUCUACAUAUAGGAACAGCCUGCAUUUUGCUCCUCUUUCCUGAUAUUUGGCAGGAUCUUUAGAAGAAAGGGGUUGUCUGUUGCUUAUAGAAAACAAUAAUAAGUCUGCUUGCCAGAGUGCCCAGUAGCACACAUCUCUUUCUAGAGCUCUUAUUUGGGCUGCAGUUUGGAGAAGAUGAGAAAAUAACAAGUAGUUGCUCACAAGCAGCAGUAUUAAUGAAUGUGAAGUUGAGUCAUAGAUGAGAUGAAGAGGAGAUACACAUCCAGGUUUCCAUUUCCCAAAUUCUUUCUUUUAGGGGAGCAGGUGCUGAUUGCUGCGGUGAAUUACUGGCCAGAUGCUGUGGCUUUAACUUCUACUCAGUGUUGGUUAGGAAGUGACAUGGUGGGGUUGUAUUCUUUAGAAUAUAUCAAGCUUAAAUAUGAUAAUAUUUAGGGAAGUUUUUAAUAUUUAAUGCUGUAUUGUUUUUAACACUCAAUUGGGAGCCGCCCAGAGUGGCUGGGGAAACUCAGCCAGAUGGACGGAGUAUAAAUAAUAAAUUAUUAUUAUUAUUUAUGGUGAGCAAAUUUCUUAGCUGGGUUUGAUAGAACAUAUUAGGUACAUGAUACAUGGCUUGAUCACUUGGUUUUUUGUACUGAGACAUACUGAUGGGGAAAAUCAUUUUCUUCUUUCAUGAGCAUAUCUCUGCACAUAAAUUGUUUGAUACAGUAGAGUGUAGGAAGAACAGAAGUAAAUGAUUAGUUGUUGGAUUAAUCUCAAGGUAAUUUAAAUUUCACUUAAAUUUUGCCUUCAUUUGGUUCUUGUUGAAAGAUGUUUAAGGGCUUGGGCUUGGAUGCCAGGGUUAUAUUUUGUUGUUUGGAGAAGCUAUUGCCCUACUGCAGAACAAUCUCCUUGAAAGAUCCUAUCCAUCUGUUUCUCAGUGGCUUCUGUCUGCUGUAUCAUCUUUACGAUGGAAUGGCAAUGGCAUCCCACAAACGGACUGGGCAUGGAAAGGAAUAUGAGAGAAGUGGAACUACUUUUCAUAAUUUUGCUAGACUUCAUUACCCUUAAGGAGACAAUGUAGGAUGUGUGCUCUUGUUCUUGCAUUUUAUUGUACAGUACAGAAGUAAUAACUUUGCUAUAGGAGUAUUUCACUUUUCCUGGUUUCAUACGGUUUCCCACCCUAAAAAGCAGUAGAAAUUUAAUCCAAAUGUGUCUGGCUUGUAAAGGAAACGUCUCCACUACUUCCUGUGUAAUAGAUGUGUCUAAAAACUCCUUUAAUGAGUUGUGUAAAGGGGUUUUGUUUUUUGUUUUUACUACUUGUUCUAACUAAACUUUCCUUUUCUCAUACUGUGUGUUACUAAACUGUCCCAUUUCUUUUGCAAAACGCUCCAUAUCUCAUUUCAUUCUUCUGAUAUUUUUUCUUCCUUAAGCUUUAUUUACCACUGCCUGUGCAAUAACUAUUUUUCUAACUUUUCCAUUUUCUCCCAUUUUUUUUCACACAGUGUUGUUACAGAUCUUAUAGCAGUCGGUUUAAAGGUAGGCAUCUUUUUCUGUCCUUUCAUAUGCACUUGUUACUCCAUUUUUAUUUUCAGAUUUGGUAUUCAUACACAUCUUUUGCUUUUGUGGCAUUGCUCUGUUUCAGUCUGAUUCCCCUCCCCUCCCAAAGAAGUCUCUACAGUUUUUUUUUACACAUUUACAAUUAUGUUUCUUCCAGUUCAGCUUGCUGUCAUUUGUAGCCCAGAGAUUAAAGUGUUUUCGUUUGCUUGUAAGUUGUCAAAUGAGAAAAGCAGAUACUUAAUAGCGAUGGUUUUGAGUCUCCAUACUUUGGUUGCUUUCAGAUCCUAAUGACCAAAAUGCUGGAUUUAAGAAUUAGUUCUUAAUAAUAACUAUCUAAAGCAUUGUACUCUAGACCUAUGCAGGCCAUAUUAAUAAAAUCAGAUCAUCAGAAACUGAAUUUUAAAGGUCAAGUGACUAAUACGUUAUAGCAGUCUCUGAACUUCAGUUCUGCUAAAGACUUCUAGCUAACCCCCUAGCUGCUCUGUGCUCUUUAGAUGUUUGUAAGAACAGCAUUUUUAUUUCUUUGUCUCAUAAAAUGAAGGCUACCGUGUAAUUUGUAGACUUGGAAUAUAUUGGGUUGUUUCCAGUGCUCCACUUGCACAGUUCCACUGUUGGAAAGGAACUUCUGCCUCCUCUCAUGCCCCUAGAUGCCCUCAAAAUCUGCUCUGGAGGAUUCCCCAACCCCAACCCCCCCCAGUUGAUUUUGAGGGUUCACAGGAAACUGCUCCAUUGUGCCAUUGUAGCUGCUGCAUUGAAAAUGGCUUGUUGUGUUCACGAUCAGUACUGAGACAUACUUUUAUUGUACAUCACAAAGCUGUUGAAUGCUGCAGCUUCAAAAGAAAAUUGUAGUCCACGUAUGCCAGUAAAAGAUAGUGCCCUAAUAUUAUGUUCUUUACAGCUCAAUAUGUACCUCUGGUUGCUCAUGGAAUCCAUUCCAGAGCUCCGAUUGGAUCCCAAGGAAUUCACAACUGGAGGUGCCUGUUCUGCACAUGUGCAUGGCGCGGUAGAGCGCUUCUGUGCUUGCGUGUGCGGUGAAACCUGGGAAAAUACUUCCGGAUUUGCUGCGUGCAUAACCCGAAGGAUAUGCAACCAGAGGUGUGUGUAUCCAGAGGUACCACUGUAUCUACUCAGAAGUCAGUUCCUUUACCUAAAAGAGACUUGCUCCCAAGUAAGAAUACAGGACUUGAGCCUUAGAAAACGUAAUUGCUUUGUUCAGAUAAACAAGUAGACAAAAUAUGAAAACUUUUUAUGCAAGCCUCUGAAAAUAUACAAGCUAACAAAAGAAUAAAGAAGUCAUGGCUAAUUUUUUUUCGGGGGGAAAUAACAUUAUGCAAUAUUUUAUACAUUGAAAUAAAUUGUAUACAGUUUUCUGAAGAGGUAAACUUUAUUAGGACACGGAGAUCACUUUUUAGGAAUAAAAGACUGGUUUUAGACGUCAGGGUUUAAAAGACUAGAUUUGGAUCAAAUUUCAUUAUCUGUUGAGUCAUUGUUUUUACUUAACAUCCCAUAAGAUUUAAAGACAAAAUGGAAGUGAACCUGGCAAAAUAUUAUAGUUUGAGUUCAAAAGGAAGCCACGCUGCAUGUUAUGAAAUAUUUAUAAGAGAUUAUUGGACUCAGGAUUUGUUUGUUUUUAGUUAGGCAGAACCAAUUCUGUAAUAGGACUUGAAAUAAAUAUCUUGAAUAUUUGUGCAAUAUAUUUUCAAUUAUCUGCAUAGUAACCCAUUUUUACAGCAAAAUGGGAUGCAGGUACACAUAACUGGAAAACAUAACCAGUCUUAAAGAUACUUAAGUUUUAAAUAAGUUUAGUGCAUGCUCAUGCUAUAUAGAUGGUAUCAUUGGGGCUGUAUAUGCUAAAGUACAAAUUAAAUUUUGUGCCAAGGUACCGAAAUUCUGGCAUCUGGGUGCACACUGUCAGUAAGUGCUUUGAAGUACCCCCCCAUUAGUCUGAAUUGUCCAUCUGAUGAGGCAAGAAAAUACCCAGCUUUAUGUUAUAUUGAGUGCUUCGCAAUAACUCUAUGCUCCCUGCUUGUUCUGUGUAGAUACUAUAGUGGCAUUUCCAGAAUCUCUCCAUUGCUUUUUUGUCUGUUUGUUGUUUUCUAGCUGUUGUACUGCUGCUGGCUAUCUCUACAUUUUCUUUACUCAGUUGGAAGUGGCCAGUAGCCAGGUGCAAAAUGUGCCUGGCACCUGCCUAAUUUGAACACUGUUGGAAGUACUUCAGUCACACAACUCUCCAUGUAGCCAGAUAUCCACGAGGCUUGAUAGCAGCAUAUCACUAGAAUGUCAGGAGCAGUCCUGUGUCAGCUUCUAAGAGUACAAUAAGAAGGAGUGCAUUUUAGUCCUCUUCAAAGGGUACCUGAAGAGAGAACUAGAUUUGCCAGACAUAAAUACUGUGAUUUUUGGUUAAGGGGCCUUGCCCUCUAGUUUGUUCUCGAGUAAUUCUUAACACCUCAGUGUUUCAAGAAAUGUAUUUGGUCUUUUCUUCCUACUAUACUGUAUGCUGCAUUAUGAUUUGGGUACAAGGCAUAUGUAGGAUUUUGUAAAGUCUAUGGAAGGGGAAGGGAAGAAAUAGUGACUUUUUUGUUUUGCUGACACUCUUCUCGGGCAGUUUGAAUGUGUGAAAAUUCCAUGACUCCAGAGCAGCUUAGCCAGUAAGUUUCAUAGACUCUACUUAAUCAGCACCACCAAAUUGCAUGCUGUAUUAUAACAUAGGUAUCUAGUAACUGCAGGAGGUUGGUUAAUAUAAUCUAGUGUUGUUGUAGCCUUUUGAGAUUUGGGAGGCAAGCCUGUUUAAUUCAAUAAUUAACAAAGCUGUUGGAGUCUAAAUGUCUCAUGAAUUAAGAGAGAGCAAAGAAUUGGUUCAGAUAAAGCAUGUUAUCUGGCUCCAACUUGUCCCCCCCCCUCACAUUGUAAUUUUGUAAGCUAUGAGGGGCAGUCCAUUUUGCAGCUUAAAGGUAAAGGUACCCCUGACUGUUAAGUCCAGUCGUGGACUACUCUGGGGUUGCGGCGCUCAUCUCGCUCUGUAGGCUGAGGGAGCCGCCGUUUGUCUGCAGACAGCUUCUGGGUCAUGUGGCCAGCAUGACUAAGCCGCUUCUGGCCAACCAGAGCAGCGCACGGAAAUGCCGUUUACCUUCCCGCUGCAGUGGUACCUAUUUGUCUACUUGCACUUUGACAUGCUUUCGAACUGCUAGGUUGGCAGGAGCACGGACCGAACAACGGGACCUCACUCCAUCGCAGGGAUUCGAACCUCCGACCUACUGAUUGGCAAGUUUAGACCACAGCGCCAUGGGGGUGAAAGGGGAAGGGAAAGCACUCUAGCACUGCCCCUUCUUGCUCUCCAUGUCACCCUCCGCUUGCUUAGACUCCCCAUGAUUACAUCCCAGUUUUUCAGAGUCCUAAAUCAAAUGGGAAGCCUACACAAGUUGUGAAGGCUCCCCACGGCAGAAGUUAUCACUUCAGCUUGUGAAGGACAACUGACAGGCAAUACUAGCAUGCUUGUCUUUGCUUCCCCCUUGUAUGUUGAUUAAACAUACUAGAACACCUGAAUAGAAUUGUACAGUGAUAAGAAAGAAGGUGUUACACAGAUUGCAUAUAUGUUAUCUUUUUGAAAAGUUAUCUUUUAGGACUCCUUACUAAUCAGAAUCUAUACAGUUUUAGGUUCAGCAUCAGAAGCAUAAUAAAGACAUUUUUCAUUAGUUUGAAAGUUAAGAAGUAGCACUCACCUGUUGGAGUCCGACAGCAUUUGAAAUUGUUGGGUUUCUUACAGAUGAAUUGCACAUUUUAUUUCUGGAUUUUACUUUCUCUGUUCAGACCGUUUGUGGUCAAUUUAAUUUUUUGAGGUUGCUUGUAGAAAAGAGGUUGAUUGAGAAAAGAGGUAAGAUUGACAGCUGUUGGAACACUGAGCCUUCUAACAGAUCCUCUUUUCCGUUGCUAACAGUUUACUAACCAGUUAGAGGCCUAGUACCAAUCUUUUGCUCAAAUUUAUUGUGGUCGCUUCCCAGGCAGAGUUCAUUUUCAUACCAGACAGACCAUUUAGCUAGAACAGUGUUAUUUCAAACUUGCCAUCUUUUUGGAAUAAUUUCCAUACUUUUCUGAGAAGGGAUCCCUGCAUAUUGUAGAUGAUCCUUUGUGCAUGCGUUCAAGAAAUAAUAGUGCAUUCUGGACCAUGUCUACUUAGAAGUAAGUCCUAUUGUAUCCAGUGGGUCUCCCCCACCCCUGGUAAAUGGUGUUAUGAUUGCAGUCUUGGAAUGCAAACACCCAACAGUACAAAAACAGUCUUGUGGAUGCACAUUGACUGGGUAUAUGGAAUACAAGUUAUUUUUUCAUAAAUCUAGUCUAUCACUUUUAUUGUUGGAUUUCUGAGGAAUCUGUAAUAUGCUUCCAAGGAGCCCUAAGACAUUCUAAUAUGGUUUGAAAAGUUCUUAUCCAGAGCAAUUCAUUUCUAACCAUAGAAUCCAGAGCAAUUGUUUUGUUGCCUUAAGAACUUCUUCCUGUUAUUUCAAGUAAGUGAGAACCAUAAUUAGUAGGACAUCUUCAUUCCAGGAUACAACCAAUAUGUUUUCUAGUUACCUCACUUCCACAGUCAUGGUAUACCUGUGUAUUCCUGAGUGGCAUACAAGUAUGUUAUUAACCAGAUGCAAUGUCAACCUAAAUUUAUUCAAAACAACCAUGAUACCCCCUUCCAUCCCUGAAAGUUUUCUUAAGGUUGCUAAGAGUAAACAAUAGAGUUGUGUAUCACAAUAUCGCUUUCAGACAAUUGUCAACUAGGAUUUUUCUUUCUUGAAUGUAAUAAUGCUUGCUCCUCUGGCAGGAUCUGAUAACUUACUCUUGCAGAAUUCACUUUAAAAUGGAGGAAAUAUGCCUCCUAGUUCCUUUUUGCUCAUUUAUUUUAACAUUGUUUCCUUAAUUAUCAUACAUUUUCUGCUUUGUGACACUGAGUAGUCAUUUGUCAUUGAAAUUUAGUAUUGUAAUUUCGGUGUCUGUGGGGGAUCACACGAGUUUUCUAACAGGACUGACUUAGCUAAUAAGACUUCCUGGGAGAUAAUAGUCCUGAAUGUUCUUAACUUCAUCCUUUUUAUAGUUAUAUAUGAACAGUUAUAAGUAGUAUAUAAUAAGCAGUGUGCAAUAAGCAGUUUACAUGGGAAAGAAGCAGUUGCUCCCAUAGCACUUCUUAUUACUGUAUUCAGUAUAGGUGCUGUUAUGAUCAAUGUGGUUUCCAUGAUAUUUAGAGUUUAAAUACUGUUGGGGUUAGGUUGGCACUUGUUAACUUUAUUUAAGUUUAGGGUAUUGAUUUAAUUAUUGAGUUAUUAAAUUACAAUUUUAGUCAACUACUUCCAGAAUGCCUAUAUUCAUGGUUGGAGCGGUUGGUUAAAUGCACUAUUCACGUUUGGUUCUCCUAAAUAUGCUGUUUGCUUCUAACAAAAACUACAAUUUCCUUAAGCAUCUCAAACUUGCUUAUAUUUUUGGUAAUAUAGUAAUUUUUGGUAAUAGUUAUUUAAUUGGUUGAAUUGUAGUUUAAGGGUAAAGGUAAAGGUACCCCUGACCAUUAGGUCCAGUCGCGGACGACUUUGGGGUUGUGCGCUUAUCUUGCUCUAUAGGCCGAGGGAGCUGGUGUUUGUCCGCAGACAGCUUCCGGGUCAUGUGGCCAGCAUGACUAAGCUGCUUCUGGCGAACCAGAGCAGCGCACAGAAAUGCCGUUUACCUUCCUGCGAGAGCGGUACCUAUUUAUCUACUUGCACUUGAUGUGCUUUCGAACUGCUAGGUGGGCAGGAGCUGGGACCAAACAACGGGAGCUCACCCCAUCACGGGUGAGUUUAAGGGUACUUUAUUUAAAUAUCACUUGACUAUGAAAAAAAUACAAAUACUAGACUAUUAUGUUGAAGUGACUCAUACACAUUCUGGUUUUAUGUAGCUACUAACUCCACAGCUAUGUGUUAAAAGUCCAAGAUGUUCUGCAUUUACAGUUGCUCAAUUGCUUAUUUUCCACUUCGUUAGCUAAACAUUUUGAGACUGACUUUCACAUUGUAUAUGUUGCCCAGGAGACUUCAACUGGGAUGGCAAAAAACUACACAUUUCUAAUGGAAAUAUGUAGGUAUGAGAUAGGAAAAAACAUUGGUCACAACUGUACAUUAUAGAUGCAGUGGUGGACUGGAUGUUUAUCAGUAAACUGGGGUUGAAUCUGGAAAAGAUGCAGGCCAUGUGGGUGGGUGAUCGCUGCUUCUGGGAGAUAGAUCUGUUGCAUUCCCUCUGAAGGGGCAGGUACAUCUGGGGAUGCUCUUCAAUCCAUCUUCGUCUCUUGAAGCUCUGUGACUCCUACAUCAGCUGUAACCAUUCCUGGACAACACAGUAGCCUGACCACAGUGGUCUAUGCAUUGGUAACAUCAAGGCUUGAUUACUGUAAUACACUUUUAUAUGGGGCUGGGGCUGUAUCUGGUUCAGAAGCUUCAUCUAGCGCAGAUGCAGCAACCAGGUGGUUCACAGGAAUAGAUAACUGGCAACGUGGUACCCUGCUGCUGAUAGAGCCGCGCUCGUUGCCGAUUUACUAAAAGGCCAGGUUCAAGGUACUUGUGUUAAUUCACAAUGUCCUGAACAACUUUGGCUCAAAGUACCUUAAGGAUUGUUACAUCCCUCCUUGAUCACUGAGAUCCAGGUUCCCCACGCCCCUCAGGUUUGGCUGGCCUUCACUAGGGAUCAAGCCUUUAGCAUGGCAUGCCCUGUGCUUUGAAACUCUACUCUAGCAGAGGUUUAGCAGAAAACCAUCCCCCCCACUUUUUCCACCCUCUUUUGAAAACAAUAUUGUUUAGAGAGGCCUGUGCAAUAUGAACUUUCUCCUUUAACCGAUUAGUACUUACUGAUGUUGUGUUUGAUAUUUUUCACUGAUUUUAUUCUUACAUGUUGUAUACCACGAUAUAUUUUUAAUGAAAGUGCAGGUUAUAAAUACAUAAAUAGAAAGAAAUGUACCCCACCCCACCCCACUCCACCCCAAUUUAGUUUGCUAUAUCAGAUACUGUGUUCAGUUGGCCGUAGCUUGGAUCCUGAAUGCCUCAGACGUUUUGGCUUCCAAACCCAGAAGCAAGUGUUUCGGUUUGUGAACGUCGUUUGGAACCCAGGCAAUCAGAAGCUGUGCUUUGGUUUCCAAACGUUUUGGAAGUUGAAUGGACUUCCGGAACAGAUUCCGUUCAACUUCCAAAGUACGAUGGUAUUGCUAUUGAGGUAAAUUUCCAGGCCCAAACAUUACUGGUGCCCACUUCUCUGUUCGUUGCAAAUUUCUGCUGCAUUUUACGUCUUUGCAGAAUAGAUAAGGGGCAAACACAUGAGUACAAUUCAUGAGCACAGUUUGUCCAGGGCAGGAGCUGGACUUAGCACACUGUUCACAUUUUCCUGGUUGGGGAACCAAAAGCUGUAGGAUCAUUGAGGCCACCCCCUGAACUUGAACCUGUACAGUGGUACCUCGGGUUAAGUACUUAAUUCGUUCCGGAGGUCCGUUCUUAACCUGAAACUGUUCUUAACCUGAAGCACCACUUUAGCUAAUGGGACCUCCUGCUGCCGCUGCGCCGCCGGAGCACGAUUUCUGUUCUCAUCCUGAAGCAAAGUUCUUAACCCGAGGUACUAUUUCUGGGUUAGCGGAGUCUGUAACCUGAAGCAAAUGUAACCUGAAGCGAAUGUAACCCGAGGUACCACUGUACUUGAAAGUGGGGUGUUUUUUUUUAACAUGAAACCUUUCUCAGUCAAAAAUUACCACCAAUUUCUCAAAGUAUAUUUCAUACUUUAACUUGGUGAAAAGAGAAUUCUAGAAAUGUUCUAAGGCCUUUGUGAAUGAAGAGUCUCUUGAGUUUUAGGUAUCUUGAUUUUAUUAUUCCUUGUAGUCCUUACAUAGUUGCUGAAGCCAUUCCUUCAAUUAUAGGCAUCCUUUCCACUGGCUCUUUAAUUACAGUCUUGUGUGCCUUUUGUUAGGCCCAUAGUAUCUUGUUACUGAUCUAGCAGGCAGCCUCAAUAAUUGAUACAUGAGACAAUGGAACUAGCUGCAUGCUAACUAACUGUGCCAGUGAGAAGGCAAGGCUGAAACAGCUGCUCCCUCUGUUAAUUUAACAGCCCUGUUUCUAGGGAGAUUGCUGAUCAACUUGUUGGACUAGUAUUGGAAUGGGACGUCUUUGUUGUCAGUAAAGCUUGUUGCUAUCUCAUUUAGGUAAUUUGGCAUCGUGAAAUGGUAUGUAUGUAGGGCCAACUCAACCACGAUAUUUUGCUUCUACAUUUUCUCUGUCAGAUUUUUUUACCAUCUGAGGCCAGCUUAAAGCCUAAAUGGCUCUUCUUCACGAUGAUUCGCAUCUGCAUUCUUGCAUUCCUGCAAGGAGCUCAGAGCAGCAGUGUAGCUUCACAUAGCUACCCUGUGAGAGUGGCUUAGGCUGAGGCUGACUUGCUCAAGGCUUCAUAGCUGAACGGGACUUUUGAACUGAAACCCAACCCUCUGGCUACUGCGCCACACGGACUUUGUUUAUACUGGAAAAUGGAAAUCUUGGGAUCUAUGUAAGUGACACCAGAAGCUCUUUUGCCUGUGUUAGGUUACUUCAUUCUAAAGAGUUCCCAGCUGGACCUAAAAUAGUACCCCCCAAAAAAUGUGCCGAUAGUUAUUUUGAAUUCAUCCCAAAUUUCAGUAUUGUUUCUUGCUGUUUUUGCCCUUUUCACUUGAGGUGAAAGAUUACCAAGCAAGCCAACCCAUCAUUUGGCACUUUCGGAAGAGGGUUGCCUAAUGGCAUUUUGAACAAAUCUUCAUCAAGCUUGUACUAAUAUCUAAAGGCUGAAAUUGAAGUUCUGUAAAGUAGCAGGCAAGUGGAACACGUUCCAGCAGGACUGGGGAAGAUUACCAAGGGUGCUUCUCUCUCAGCACCUAUUGUUAUUGUUGUUGUUGUUGUUACUUUUCCAUUUAUGAAUUGCAUCCCAUGAGGCACCUCAAAGCAAUUUACAAUAUGACCUAAACAUUAAAUAUGAUUAAAACAGUUUUAUAUAUGUAGCUUACCUAUAAGUUUGCUUGUAGGGUAGAAUUUUCCUCCCCCCCCCAAGAUAGGUGACUAGAUAAAUGUUUGAAAGCAAUGUGAGAUUUGUAUAUCAAUAUUAAUUUUGAAGUAGAUGUUUGUAAUAUAAUAGUACAAGACCCUUGUUUCUGAUUUCCUAUACACUGAGUAUAAGAGUCAUAAUGGUUUGUGUUCAUUUUGUAAGAAAACAUGUUAGUGCAGAAGCUCAGGUUACUAAUUUUUUGCUCACUCUUGUCUAAAUAGCUGUACUUGUAUGAACCAGGAUAUUCUAGUCUGGUUGAACUUGAAUGUCAGCUAUUCACAUAAAAUAUGCCAACAAUACGAAGAUCUUCUUUGGAAUCACAUAGUGAAAUCUAAAUGUUGAAACAUCUGAGAUAUUUGAAGCUACCACUCUUAUCAUUCCAGAUGUAUUGCAGCAUCAAUGACUGUUUGUGAUAAUGCCAGGUGGCUGUUAAUGUGAGACUGCAACAGAGAAUGGAGGAGGAGGGAUGAGCCGUAACAGUGAACUACACAUCUAUGACACUUUUAAGAAAUAAAAAUUGACAAACAUUUUGCCUCAUUUUGAACUAAACGUAAAACAUACAUCUAUUAAGGAUGUGCUGCCGUCUGGUUUGAAAUAUGUUUGAUUUAGAUUAUUUAAAGUAAAAAGUACUUCUAACUCUGGUGCAUAGCUAUUUAGGGAGUGAUUAAGGCAUAAUAUAGACUUUACUAGAUUAUGGUGAAAUUGGAAAUUCGACUCCUGUGCCUCAAACUAGAGGGAUUUGCUUUAUGACAGCAGUCAGUUAAUCAGCAGUGUAUGCAUAUGAGAAACCCAAUCCAUUUAUUUUUAAGAGUUAGUCAUAUGAAUUGUGUGACGCAUACUUGAAAGCAGUCCCCACACAUUUAUUGUUGAUAUUAUUUUUUGAAUUUUCAAAAUACACGUUUUACUAUUUUUACUGAUAAUUUCAUUGUAUUCUUUUUGGGAGAUGGGAUGAGGUUUUAUUACAGUCAGGACACCCUUCGCUGACUUAACCCGUGGGCCCUUAAGGCCAGCCCAAACAGGUCUUCCAAGGAGGCUUUAUUUUAUAGCCUGCAAAAAUAAAUAGGAUUGAUUAAAUAUUUGUAGUCUGCAAUGAGUUUAGUUUCUAUUGGAAAACCCACUCUCUUCUAUUGCCUGUAACUUUGAUGUUUUCCAGGUAAAUGAUAUGAAAUGUGCAAACAUUUUGAAGUAUUAUAAUUGGCAAGUGCCAGGCAGGUUAAGCAAAGGGUUCCUGUCUUAGUGGUAGUUAAAAGGGGAACAUUGUGUAAAGUCUGCUCUUAUUUUUAGUGGAAGACCUAAGCAAUCUGCCCAAGUAGCAUGAUACUACUACAGACAGAAACUACUACUUGGCUAGGACAUCAGAACAUGCUAGAUUGGAGACAGAUUAGAGAGGUCCCAAUUAAGAGGAAGUGUGCAUGCACAUUCUAUAAAAUUCAACCAAGUGGCAUUGCAGGGAAUGCCCGGGGUACCAAUGAAGGCCUUUGCAAGCUCCACAGUGCCUAUGGGCACCAGGUUGCCAGCCUUUGCUCCAGGAGCACAACUUGAUAUGAUCUUAGAUUCACUAUGCUAUUCUCUGAAAUAGUGAUCCAUUUACUAUUGCUUAUUUGUAGUAUGGCCCACUGGACCAAGAAUCCUCCCAUUUAACACAGAUGUAACCUCAUACUCUGCCCAAAUCAUUGACUGUUAAAAUCUGGGGUAUUAAAUGUGGGUAGGGGGUAAGUAUUCAAAUUAAUUGGUUUGAGUUGCGGUACUUUGUGAGUAAGGGAAGUAUAAUUUUCUCAGACAUGGCACCUUUGUGUAUCCAUAGGAGCCAACUCCUUGGGGCCCAAGGGGCCUUGGCCCCCCCAUAAAAUAUUUCAGGGGGUUGCCCCCUCCAAAGUUAAUGAGCAUUGCCAUUCAAAUGGUGUGUGUGCACCUCAUAGUGAUUGAUUCUGUGGGGCAGAGCUUACUUGCCACCUGCCACCACCAAAUACCAUAUUUUUUGCUCUAUAAAACUCACUUUUUCCCUCCUAGAAAGUAAGGGGAAAUGUGUGUGCGUCUUAUGGAGCGAAUGCAGGCUGUGCAGCUAUCACAGAAGCCAGAACAGCAACAGGGAUUGCUGCUUUCACUGCGCAGCGAUCCCUCUUGCUGUUCUGGCUUCUGAGAUUCAGAAUUUUUUUUUUUCUUGUUUUCUUCCUCCAAAAGCUAGGUGCGUCUUGUGGUCUGGUGCGUCUUAUAGAGGGAAAAAUACGGUAGUUUAUUCAAGUUGGCACUUCUGUAUGUGAAUUUAAAAAUGACAGAGCAGAAGCAGAGAGUGUCAUGCAAUGUGUGAACCACCUGCCUUUUAAUUCUCUGCUGUUCCAUCUAACUGCUGCUGAUCUCGGCAAUACAGAUAUUGAACCUGCAAGUAUCGCCGUGAUGAGCAGCUGCAGCCCAGGAAUUUUUAGACCCAAGAAAGCGAAUUCCUUCUGAUUUUAAUUCCUUCUGGCAUGUGAACUUAAGUAUGUGCUUCCAGACCUGUCAAACUCCACUGUGUCGGUUUUCUGUCCUGCUUACAAAGAAGAGGUGUGUGAAUGCAACGUAGCAGAGUGUUUAAACAGAGCUUCUGUUCCCUACACAUUUUUCUGAACUUGAUUUAGAGAAGACUUUCCCACUUGCUGUUGAACUAAAAUAACUGCAGAACAACCAACCUCCAGAUGUUUUGGGCUAAAGUCCUUCAGCCUCAUCCUGUGUUGCCAAUGGUCAGGGAUGAUGGGAGUUUUGACUCCCAACAAUAUGUGGAAGGAACUACGUUGGAGAAUGCAGUUGUAACAGUUCUGAUUACCUCUAUAGCCAAUGCACUAUGAAGUUUUCACUAGCCUUGAAAAAUACUUUUUUCUCUUCAAAGAGAAGAGGCAUUGAGGGUUAUAGUGAAACUGCUUCGUGCUAACCUGCAUGCUUGUCAGGCUCUGUUAGUUAAACUGCAACCCCCCAUUGUUAAAAGAUCUGUAGAUCUAAGUGUAAUACAGCUAAAAUUACUUGACUGUUACUCAACUAGUAUUUCAAGUCGAUCCACAUUUUUGCUUAGUCACAAAUGGGGUUUGUUAUGGCAAAUGGUAAGCAAGAUCAUGACUGGAAUUGCAAGAUCCCAUUGCAUGAAUAGAAGGAAUUUCUGCAUGCACAUGGCAGUAGUGUUCCCUGAUUUCCCCUAUGUCUGCAGCCCCUUAAAAGCUGGAAAAUUCUUAUCUUCUAGAGUUGGAAUGUUUGUGGGGGAGUGUCCUUCAAGGAAAGGAGAAAAAUUGAGCCCCCGUCAGAAGUAUCUUCACACAUAAAUGUUCAGAAUUUCAUGUUUAAAUGUUUUGCAACAAUAUAUGGUGUUUCAGCAAAGGACAUAUUUUUGCUUCCACAUAAUAGCCUGAUUUGCACAUCACGUUAUGCCGCAUGAUCCCUUGGUACAAACAUAUGAGCUGGGAGAAGUUACCACAGCUGUAUUGCUUCUCCCUGACCAUUUGUUGUUGUGCUCCAAUGAACUAAGUCAUAGUUUUGGUUGGUAUGUCUUCUGAACUCUUGGCUUAGAUCUCCAGGACCAACCAUAAGCUAUUAACAGGCAAACCUUGGUUCCUGCUCAUGGUUAGUCUGGAGAAAGUUAAACCAUGAGUUCAGGUGGAUGACACGCUAAGCCAAUGUUUCACAAAUGGUGGGCCCCUGCCUCCUUUCAGGUGAGUCUCAGGGCCACAGCCUGCCCAGUGCUUCCUCACUUGCCUAACACCCCACUCCCUUUGCUGUGCCAUAGCCUUCUCGUUGGAACAAUACCAGCUUCAACAUCUCCCCACAAACUGGUGACUAGAAGACAACAGUUCAGUGUGGGAGGAAAGCGAGGUAUUCCUCUUAAGGGGAAAGGGGCACAGCAGGUGUCAAAUAUAUUAGACAGAUAAACGGUUAAUGUGUAUUAAUAAUAAUUGGGAAUAGAAAGGAACAAGCCAAGAGAAGACAAAAAAUGUAAAAGCUGCAAUGAGGAAGGAGGAAAGAAGUAGUUUAUGGGGAAAUAGAAUACAAGUUAAGUGUGAAAGGGGAAGGGGAGAAUAAACUACAGGAGAUGUGUAAAAAUAUUUUAAGUGACAUGUUUGGGAAAUGCAAAAAUAAAAAGUAUUUUCCACCUCUGCAUUGCCUUUUUGUGGCUGGUGGGCCUCAGUAAUUUUCAUACUUCUUAAGUGGGCCCUGGUGGGGGGGGGGGGAGAACCCCUGCUAUGGAUUAGCAUGGCACAAUGCAGCAACAAAACUGGGGAGGCCCAAAACAGUUGUAAUGUCCUUUCUGGGAGCCCACAUGCUUGCACAUUUGUGCUAAUCCAUGGUUUGCCCUAGCAAACCAGGUCAAUCAAGGUUUCGUGUAGAACACAAGUUUGAGGGUUGUUUUAUUUUCAGGCAGCGGGGCAUAUUUUAAGGUUCUCAUAUUUUAUUAUUAUUGGGUGUUUAUUUUAUUUUUUAAAGCUAUCUACCAUUGUCAGCUUUUUAGAGCCAAGGGAAAGAAAUUUAAGCAUUAUGAAACCAUUGUUGAAGAGGAAAAAAUACAUUAGUUGUGAGAAUGCGGCUGUGGUUCAUAGCAAGCCACUCUUGCAUUGAAAUCUCUCGUUAUACCUCAUAAUUAUUUCAUUUUUGGCAUGCCAAGUGGAUAGGGCUGUUUAUGCUGCACAGCCUGUGGGGCUUGAAAGAUCUCCCAUGUGUUUGUUUCCAAAUCCUGCCGUUUUUUAAAGAAGCCAUAGUUCCUGGUUCCCAAAAUGGGAAGCUGAGGUUAACUGCGACUUUCUGUUUUUUCCUUUCUGUUGAACAAGUAUAUGAGACCUCAACAAGAAUGUGUGGAGAUAUGAAUGAUAGUUUUGUGAGAAAUGUGAGAGAUAAAAAGGGAACCUUAUAUUAGAUGUAUAUAUGGGAAUGCCAGCUUGAGUGAGAGUGUAAAACAGACUAGUUAGAUAAGUGGAGGAAGCCUGUGAGUGUUGAACCCAUCUAAAUGUUGGUCUAGUAUUUGUCUUCAGAUGGUUGGUAGGGUGGAUUCUUUUCUUUGUGCAAUAUGUUGAAACAUUUUCAUUGUGCAUAAAAUGAUAGGAUAAAAUAGUGGUUUUCAAUCCACAAUAAAACUGUUUUUUUAAAGUAAAACUUUGUUUUUCCUUCAACAAAAAUCUUCCUGUUAUCAAAAGUUGCUGAAAUACAUGUGUUACAAUAAAACUUGAGGCGCAAGUAUUUUUACAUUUUACUUUUAUGGUAUUUUUUCCAGCGUGGAUCUGAUGAGCUUCUUCCACCUAGUUUCGCUUACGGGCCUUUUACCAUGAGCAAUUCUACUCCUGCUACAGGUAUGAUUGUAUGAUUAAAGAACACACCUUGCAGCAGGUUUGCAAAUAGCCCCUCGCCUUGUUUCCUGUGUAAAGUUCAAUUUUUAUGAGCUGGUCACGUCUGAGGACUUAUUUGCAAAGCUAUUCUGCAGUGUGUUAACGUAAGCAGAGGCAGACCCCCAAGGAUUGCUGCCACCACCCCAGUUUGAUCAGUGUGACAACUUUCCAUGGGACUUGUGCUUGUAGCAACAGUGGAGGGUCUAUCACAUGGCUUAUUUAAGAAAGGACCCAUGGGAAGUAGAUGAACACGCCUCCAAUGAUCAAGAUAGCUAUUGAAUUCCCAUUGCCUUAUAUUGUAACUCACUCAUAACACGUUCUUUAGUUUAAUGCUGCCUAAUCUAACCAUGGUUAAAACUGGGAGUCUCCCCAGACUCACACGCUCCUCCCCUCUUGUGUGAGCAUUCUCUCUUACUCCCUUUAAGAUAUAACUAUGGUUAAUGUAACAUCUGCAUAAGAGUUUUCCCUGCGCAUAAUUGGCAUGGAAUAAUUUGUAAUCAGCUUCAAAAUGAGAAGGAAGAGGAAGUUUGGGAAAGUUCUCAGACUCUGCUCUGUGGACCACCAGUGGUCUAUAAGGUUUAUUCAGGUGGUACACGGCUUGUCUGUAAAAAUACAGAUAAACCGUACAGCAUCUAGCAGUGCAUUCCUAUUCCUACAACAAGACACUCAGCAGUUUUCAAGUGGUCCAUGGGGAAAAACAUUUGGGAACCGCUGGAUUCCCCAUGGAACAACGAACAGUGUUCCAGUGAACAGCCUUAUUUAUGUAGAUAGCCUUCCAUUAUCAGCUAAAGGUAUGAAAUGGUGAAUUUAUAGAUGCUGUCAAAUUAUUUUAGCUAGUUAGGUCUAAAAGAGGCUAUGAAAGAUCUUGAAUUACCUGUAAAGCAGGCAUGAAAAUAUCAUUUAUUGCUCUUAAUUAAAAAAAGUGCACUAAGAACUGCUUUGAUGGUUUUCUGCAAUCAAGUGGUGUAUAAAUUUUAUGAAAUAAAUAAAAUAAUAAACCAUUUGCAGUUAAUUUUUGAAUUAUCUCAACGGUCAAUCAAAGGUUUUCUUCAGUCAGCCCCUUGCCCUAGUAAUUUCAAAAAGGUUUUCUCAAAACUUGAGAAAACAGUAAUGCAUUUGAGAACAAUCUUUCCAGUUAAGCAAACCUCAACAGGCAGAGCUGUACAUAGCAAAGGAACGUUAACAUAAUACUUUGCAAUUGGUCGUUUUUCUCAGUACUUGAAUAUUGUCAUUCUGGUUUCCAUAUUGGGAAAAAGUGACGUAGCAUAUCUGGAGGAGUUGCAGAGAGAAUCUGCAAAAACGGAAGAGUUGAAGCAGAGGAAUGGAGAGUCUUCAGUCCUGUCCUGCAUGCUUCCUUCAGGUGUACCCCUAAAAUCCACCUCUGAAGAAGUGACUUGCAUAGAGAUCCGCUACUUCCAAAACAGCCUGAUAUAUUCACCCCAGGCAGAUCAAGCUUACGCUUAUGAGCACAUGUACAAACCGCCUUUACGCAAUAGGCUUCUGCAAUAAUUUACUGCUGAUCUGGUUUACUGGCCCAUUUCCCAUGCCUGGUGAGCUGGCAGCAGCAAUGGAGGCUUCCUCACUUCGUUCAGGAUGUCUGUGUGAGCAGAUAGUGGACUCACCCACUCUUUCCCUUCCUAACAUAGUCAGACAUUGCCUGCCAAGUCAGUCCAUGGCUACUGUGCAUGUGCUAGUUCAGGAAUCUAGGGUGGGCAUCAGUGAUCCUCCUCUUCCAUUUUUGGCAAAGCUAAAAUAUAUUUUAUUGACACUUAAGAUCCUCUGUGCAGUACUGUAAAUUGGUUGUCUGCAGAAUCAACCAAGAUGCUAUUAGUGUAUAGAUUAGCAAAAGGCCCAUCGUCAAAACAGGCUGUAGCAUUGUUGACUCUCAUGCUCUGAUUUUCUCACAAUCUCCCCUGGAGCGUUGAUCUCUCCUGCAAUACCUUUCUUGAUGCUUUUGUAUGAUGUUAGGGGGCUUUACUCUUAUAAAGUUCCAAAGCAGCCAGUAGCUGGGUAAUAUGCUUAUAAACCUCUCUGUGAAAGAUGCUCAAUAACAGGCCCAGCUGCUGAAGCCCUUUUGGUUGCUGUAGAAUUAGUUACCAUGAUUUCCUAGAGUGACUAGUGAGCCAAAAGAAAAAUUCCCAAGUUCUCUGACUGGAAUAAACCCGUACAGACUUUAUCUAAAACAGAAUUAGAACUUCCUGUGAUUAGAGCUAGAGAUUAGUGAACAAACACAAAUGUCAUAAGGAAACGAAAAGCUUGUUAUUGCUUAGUACAGGUGGUUUGAUGUUGUGACCCGCACAGCAAGCAAAAUUUUUAGCAAUGCUAAAGUAUACAUUUUUAUCUGAAGUGUUUCUUUAUAUCUUAGCUAAUGGGAAUGACAACAAAAAAUUUAAAGGAGACAGAUCUCCCUGCUCCCCUUCUCGAGUCCUUCAUCUUCGUAAAAUUCCAAAUGACGUCACUGAAGCGGAAAUAAUUUCUCUAGGUCUACCUUUUGGCAAAGUAACCAAUCUCUUGAUGUUGAAGGGCAAGAGCCAGGUAUGUAUAUACUUUGCAGUAAAUACCCAAAAUACAAGAAAAAGUAGUUCAUGUAGCGUAUGCUAUUUGGCUAGUAUCCAGUGGAAUAGUUAAGAGUUGAGCAAUUCAAAUCUCCCAAUUGUCUCACAAUAGUUUUGCCUCUAAAAUAAACCAAGCAUGUGCCUGAAACCAGGAAGUUACUCAGAUUAUCGCCUAGCCCACACCCAGUCCCCAAAGGGCUAUUGACCAUGAUUCCUGGGCUACAAAGAAGUUCUCUGCAGUAUCUCUCCAGCCCUUCAGGGAGCUGCCUGCCAUUUGCAGUCCAAGAGCACAGGUCACUAGCAGGUGUCCUCAAUCUUCAGCUGCAUGAACCACGAAAGUGUAAUUUUGUAUCGUAGCUUUGCUCUCAGACCAUAGUUUUAAACAAAACACAUGUCUCAAAAUUUGGACCUGUCAGGGACCUGUGAUGGCUUUAAUAUCAGAAGUGGAAGCUUUCAAUCCCUUCUUCUCGGUGUACAAAAGAGGUAGAAGAAGGGAACGUGCAAUUCUGAGGUGCGCUCUUAUAGAGGAAUAUUAUUAUUAUUAUUAAAUUUGUAUACUGUACUGCCCUUCAACUGUAGAUCUUAGGGCAGUUCACAGCAUAAAAAUACAAGAUAAAAGCACAAAAUGCAUAAUAAAAGCAAGAACAAAACAAACCGAUAACCCACCCCACGCCCUCCCACAAACACAUUUGAAGGAACAUAGGAUGCUAUUCAGCCAAAGGCCUGGUUGCUGAAAAAGAUGGUUUUUCAUCACAUCUGAAGCUGGUCACUGUAUAGUUGUGAAGUUUGAAAAAAAAACAAACGCUUUUGGGGGAAAUCACUAGAAAUAUAGAAAACUUGUGUCAUUUAAACAAAAAUAUUUUUAUUUGUUUCCUGCAAUGUCUUUAGCAGUUAUAAUGGUAUUGGGUGUUUGGAGAGCACAAAGGAAAAUAAAAUCUGAAAAAACUUAUGUUGGGUCACACAUUGAUAAAUGCCUGUCUAUCUCCAAGUUGUGAAAUAAGGCACUUUACAUACCGUAUUUUUCGCUCUAUAGGAUGCACUUUUCCCCCUUCAAAAAUGAAGGGGAAAUGUGUGUGCGUCCUAUGGAGCGAAGACGCCAUAGCCCCGCGACCCUCUCCCGGCUGGAGAGGUGACGCGCGGCUAUGGCAGGAGCCUCUUUAGCUGCGUGCCACCUCUCUAGCCGGGAGAGCGCGUGCGGGGCUAAAGAAGCCAUAGAAGCUUUCCGCUGCUCCCCGACCUGCUCUUUGGGGCUGGUGGUGGGCUUCCCCCCGCCAGCCCCAAAGAGCAGGUCGAAAGGAACCUGAAGCCUGGAGAGCGAGAGGGGUCGGUGUGCACCGACCCCUCUUGCUCUCCAGGCUUCCAAGGUAGCCGCCUGAAGGCGACUGAACGCACCUUGUUUUAGAGGGGGAAAACAAGAGGGGGAAAAUUCUCCCCCUCUCUGCGCAGCGCCUCCUGCUGCUUCGCUGAAGGGGCGCUGGGCAGAGAAGGGGAGAUUUUUUUUUCUUGUUCUCCCCCCUCUAAAACAAGGUGCGUCCUAUUGUCCGGUGCGUCCUAUGGUGCGAAAAGUACGGUAAUAAAAAUAAGGAACCACUUGAAGUAAAAAUAAAUAAAAAAUACAGUGUUUUCUUUUGUAAAUAGAUGUAUUCUUAAAGUACAUAGCAAAUAUAAAAGCAGCAGUCUGUGCAUGGUUUUUGUUUGUUUGUUUUGUUUGUUUGUUUUCAAGUGAAAGUGGUUUUACAAUCAUAACGUUCCUCUGUUUGUGUUAAUUGCAGGCUUUCUUAGAAAUGGCUUCAGAAGAAGCUGCCGUUACUAUGGUGAACUACUACACUCCUGUUACUCCUCACCUCCGCAGCCAGCCUGUUUAUAUUCAGUAUUCCAAUCACCGAGAACUUAAGACUGACAAUCUACCCAAUCAGGGUGUAAGUAUGGUACUUUUUUGGGGGGAGGGGGGAAUCCAUAGUAUUCAUUAGAACUAUUAGUAUGUAGAUGAUUUUCAAACCACUUAAAUAUCCUGUUUUUAUAAACCUUCAGUUUACUUUCCUAAAAGCAGGCCAGUGCUUUGAUUUUGAGCAAAGGAUGUUGAUCUUCAGCUACUUUUAGUUAGCUGUUUAAAAACUUUCGUGCUUUGUUACUAGGCUGGACAGUACAGCUAAUAGAUAAAGUUUGAUAGUGUGCUGACUACAUAUGUGAAGGUCAGAGGGGUGCGGGAACUGUGGUAGGAGAGGUUUUUUCCACCCCAUGAGGACUUCUCAACUUUUCCAUUGGAAAAAUCAGGAAGGGGGCGUGCACACUGGGAUGGGAAAACACCUGGAAAUGAAACAUCUUUUGAAGGAGUGAAAUGCUGCAAAGGCAAGGUUUUGCUCACUCAUAAUAUUUAUUCCGUUUAUUAAAUCGUUCCCUGUGACGUACUCCGAAGCAAUUUACAAUAUACUAUAAAAACAGUAAAAACAAUUGCAUAUAUAAGAACAAUUACGUAGUAAAGAUUUUUACACAAGACAGUCAACAGCAGGGGUGGGGAAGCUUUUCUGCUCCCCGCUCCUCCGACAUUCUCUCAACUGCACCCAGCAAAGUCACCUGGUUUUUCGGCACUUGGAGUGCUGUGCAAAGGACUUUAGACAGGUGCCAGACACCUGACACACUCUAAAUUCCUGAAAACGAGCUGGCUUUGCAAGCCCUACGCUUGGUGUUUCAGAAGCACUGAAUACAGAAUGGGAAACUUGUAACCUUCACUAGUGUGUGCCAUACAUCAGGGGUAGGCAACCUAAGGCCCAUGGGCCACAAGCAGCCCAUGGGGGUCGUUUAACCAUCCCACAAGCUGCCCCUCAAUUGAGCCGCCCACUUGGCAAGUCCCCACACGCUGUGCUAAACCGGUGUGGUGCGGGGACUCGCUUUCAUGGUGCCGAAAAUUGCGCAGGCGCCGUAAAUCACGUCUGUGCAGGUGCCGUAAAUUGCGGAUGCGUGCGUUCAUGUGCGCAUGCAAUCCAGUCCAUGGAGGGCUCUCCGCUGGAGUGAACAGGCCCAGGUGAGGUAAACCUUGCCGACCCCUGCCAUAGAAGAACAAUUUGCACACUGGGUGCAGUGGAGAGAAAGUGUAAGGUUACGCUUUGGGGGCACAUAGAUCCUUAUAGCUUGUAACUCUUUAAAUAACGUGUGUGCAAGCUAACAAUGGCAUGUACAAUACACAAAAUGUUAUGUACUAAAGUUCUCACCCUGGGCCAGCAAGGGGAUACUGUAGAUGGUUCAGGUCCACAUAUGCAAAUAAGGGAUCGAAAGUGACGUUCAGUGAUUGGAUAGUUACAGAAAGUUGUUACAGUUACGUUGUACUGGAGCUCUAUAUAAGCAGGUUGGCUGAACCCUUCAGUUCAGUUUUGGCCUCUGAAUAAACAAGAGCUGCUUGAAGAAUCGCUGUGUUGUCUGAUAUGUUCACUCACAACUUAACACAAAACAUUUCCAUCCUUUCUUUCCACCCCCUCCUUAGAGAGCGCAAGCUGCGUUGCAAGCAGUGAAUGCGGUGCAGUCCGGAGGCUUGGCCCUUACAGGUGCUCUCGCGACUGAAGGCGGACUACCUCCUGGUCAGAGUUCUGUUCUUCGAAUUAUAGUUGAGAAUCUCUUCUACCCUGUAACUCUAGAAGUGCUGUAUCAGGUAAAAGACUUUAACACCAAAAAACCAAUUACCGUAUUUUUCCGUGUAUAAGACCCUGUUUUGGGGGACUCAAAUUUAAGAAAUUUGCACUGUGCACUAUCCAUGUAUAAGACGACUCCCUCUUUUUGGCAUAAUUUUAAAAGAAAAAAACCUAGUCUUAUACACGGAAAAGUCAGUACUUUUUUUUUACAUUGUUGUAUUUGGUAAUGAAAAACAAAUUGUCAGAUGCUUAUUCCUUCACUACUUCCUCUCCAGGGCUGAUCUUUCAUAGUGUUGGGCUGGUCAUCUAUUUUCUGACAAGGGGAGGGCAUCUGGUGAUGAUUAUUUGCCAAAGAGAGUAUAUGCCUAUAGCGACUGGAGCGAACAGCACCCGUUAUCUGGUCAUGUGCAUGCAUUCACAGCAUAGCUGUCAACUUUUCCCUUUUCUAGCGAGGAAUCCUAUUCAGAAUAAGGGAAUUUCCCUUUAAAAAAGGGAAAAGUUUGCAGCUACGAUUCAGAGUGCAGCCUGUUUCUCUCUCAUACACUCCCUCCAAAAUAGCCACACAUGCGUAUGGGUACAGAUUGUUCCCCUCAAUUGCCCUGGAGAAACCUGUUUCUUCAUGUCAAUUGUUUUUGCUAGACUGCAAUGAUAGGUUUGGCUAAAAGGGAAGAUCUGAACCUGGAAUUAUAUAUUCAACUCAAGAUUAAUAGGGAUGCGGGUGUUGCUGUGGUCCAAACCACUGAGACUAGGGCUUGCUGAUCAGAAGGUUGGCAGUUCGAAUCCCUGCGAUGGGGUGAGCUCCCGUUGCUCGGUCCCAGCUCCUGCCAAUCUAGGCAGUUCGAAAGAACACCAAAAGUGCAAAUAGAUAAAUAGGUACCUCUCUGGCAGGAAGGAAAAUGGCGUUUCUGUGCGCUGCUCUGGUUCGCCAGAAGUGGCUUAGUCAUGCUGGCCACAUGACCCGGAAAAACUGUCUGCGGACGAACGCCGGCUCCCUUGGCCACUAAAACAAAGUGAGCGCCACAACCCCAGAGUCAUUCGCUACUGGACUUAACUGUCAGGGGUCCUUUACCUUUAUCUUUUUAAAUAGGGGUUACUUAUGUAUUCAUUUAAAUAUUCUUAACAAUUCUGUUGUGCUUUAGCUGUAUGCAUGUAAGCAAUCAUUCCCUAUAGAACAAUUAAAUGACUGAGUGGAGUUUGCUUCACUCUGCAGCACGAGUAGUAAUAUAACUGAACAAUUUCACUUAGUAAUAAGGCACAGCUAUCUAGUUAUUUCACUAGAUUUCACUUAAUGAUUUUGUUAUAUUUACAUGUGGUUCUCAUGAUAGAAAAACAUCUCUGUCCACGUGGUUAAAAAGUAACAUUGAUUAUUUUGCUGGGGGUCGGGUACACAUGAAGUUUGCUUCUCAAAACUUUUCUGGAAAGUAUCAAGGUGUGAACUGGCUGCCUGCAUUUUUACUCAGAUCUUCUCCAAGUUUGGGACAGUCUUGAAGAUUAUCACUUUCACAAAAAACAAUCAGUUCCAGGCCUUGCUUCAAUAUGCUGAUCCAAUGAAUGCACAUUAUGCCAAAAUGGUAAGUGCAAAACUAUGCACCUGAUAAGUUUUGGAUUUUGACCAUGUUAACAAUUUGCUGCGUAUGACUUUGAUUUUAACAUGCAUCUUAAUUUUCCAGUGUUUUGUGUCAGUAGUAUCCCAUUUGGAGUUGCUAAAGGAGGUCCAUACCGAUACACAUUUGUGGCACAUACCGGUGCAGUGAUUGUCUACACAAACCUGUCAUAGCAGACUUUGUUUCAAGAUAUUUAGUCAAGAUUUUUAAAGUCAAAUUUAAAACUACUUUAUUUAAUGGUGGAUACUGAGUCUUUUCUAUGUUUUAUGUGUUCAGUAUGUCUGGAUUACUAAUGUUUUAUAGAUGGUGAGUGUUUUUUGUUUUUUUAAAAAUGAUUUUACUGCGUAAACUAUGCCAGUGAAGGCUGAAUGAAUGAACAUUACCUUGUCCACCCAAAAGAUGUUGCAUAAAGGGCCCAGAUAGUUAAUGUUGGGGUUGGAUGGGCAUAGUUGUAAAAAUCUCUUCUUUGCAUGUUAAGAAAUUACAGAACAGUCGUCCUUUGCAACUGUCAUAAAGUAUGACUGACAACCGUAACUUACAGGUACUCUAAUUGGAAAAGCAUUAAUGAUACACCAUAAGCUUGACCAAUGAAACAAAAUGCUUACCGUAUUUGGAUGUGUGUGCUGCUUACCUUGAUGGCAUGUGGCGGUAAUAUUGUAAGGAACUGUAUGAAUGAUGCCGUUCUUUAAGACUGUAGUGAACAUUAGAGAAUGGACUUGGAAAAACAUGGAGGAAUGGCACAAGAAAUGUUCACUAGCUGCUUGCCCCUUCUGCUCUACCCAAAGCAUGUUCAAGAUUGCUAAAAGGAUUAUCUUGCAUAUAUCAGUAUUGUAAAAGAUUAGGACUUCAUAAACUCAAGUCAGCUCUUUUAUCAUCUUUACAGGCUCUAGACGGUCAGAAUAUCUACAAUGCUUGCUGCACUCUUCGUAUUGAUUUCUCCAAGCUAACAAGCCUUAAUGUAAAAUACAACAAUGAUAAAAGCAGAGACUUUACUCGUUUAGACCUUCCUUCAGGUGAUGGACAGCCUUCCCUUGAUCCCACUAUGGCUGCUGCCUUUGGUAAGAACGCUUCAUUUCUCUAUGUGUGUUUAUUUUAUGUACCAAUUUUCUAGACUGUCCUUCAUUAAACAAAGGAACUUAGAGCGGUUACCAGCAUCAUAUCAACAGACAAUGUAUAGCAAUAAAAUACAAUCCUUAAAACUAAUAGCUAAUAAUAUAAGCAGUUCCAGGGGGGCGGGCGGACAACAUCAUUGGCAACUUCAACAGAUUUAAUCCAAGAUUUCCAAUAUUUAUAGACAGCUUUUCACCACAAAUUGAAAGGCAGCCCACCAGUAUUUGCAUACUAGACUUCUUGCUAAUCUAGGUAAAAAUGGUGGGUAUUGUAUUUCUGUCUUUGGUAUCAGUAUUCAUGCAGGUUGUGUCUGACUGAAUAAGUGCUUUGUUGCUGGUUGCAUGUAUAAUGAAUUACCAUGGAAAUCGGAAUUGUGAAUAAAUGAUUAAUACCUAUAUUGCCAAUAGUAGGAACGGUACCAAUCCAUGUAUUAUAGGUGUUUAAUAUAUGGUGUUUUUGCUGUAUUUGUGUAACUGCCACAUUGUCACUAAAGAUAAGGGGUGAAGGAAGCUGCUGAGUCUGUUUAGAUUGGAAGGACAAUUUACAGCUGUUUAUGUAGCAAUUUGCAUCUAAUUAGGUUAAGUAUCACAGUUCAAGUGUGUGCGUAUACUUCAGGAAAUGUAGCUUGAGUUUCUCUGAUCAGGACUCUCUCUGCAUAUUAUAAAUCCCAAAUAUUUAUCGUCUAGUUUUUUUAUAUUAUGCCUCAAUUUAGAGCAAUAUUUCGACCUAAACAUUCAAAGUUAUUUCGCUGUUGGAUUUUGCCCUAAGUAGUGAGAGCUGGGAAAACUAUUAUGAUUUGGCUGAAAAUAUAUAAUAGUCAGAUUUUUCUUUCCUUCCCUCAUCACAAUUUCAAAUCUGCCACAGAAAAGGAACAGCAUGAAUUGGACUGCUAUAUGACAAAAAGGAACACUACCACCUGUUAAGCUUAUUUUUAGUGCAUUGUUGAUUUUAAUUAUAUUUUGUUCCUAAUUGUUUUUACGGAUAAUUUCAUUGUUCUUUUUGUAAACAGCUUUGGGGUUGUUGUUUUUUUUUUACAGUCAGACCGUAUAUAAAUAUGCAAUAAAUAAAGUCAUGAAACUUAAAAAAAUAAUAAGACAAAGGGCUGGUGUACAAGGCUGAUUCUUGCGCUAGAUUUUGGAUCUUUGCGGCGCAACCUUAUACACAUCUACUCAGAAGUAAACCCUCCAACAACUUUAUACUGUGUAAGCCACUCUUGUGAUCUUCAGAUGAAAGGUGGUAUAUAAAUUAAAUUAAUAAUAAAAGACACUUACUCAUAGAUAAGGUAUAGGAUUGCUGCCACACUUUGUGAGCUGAGUUGUGCAAAUUGCACAGCUGCUAUUGAUCCCAUGAUUGCUGUAUCCUCUUGAAGUAGGAACAACCAGCACAGACACAUGUAGGCUCUACAGCAGGCACCCCCAAACUUGGUCCUCCAGAUGUUUUGGGACUACAACUCCCAUCAUCCCUAGCUAACAGGAUCAGUAAGGGAUGAUGGGAAUUGUAGUCCCAAAACAGCUGGAGGGCCGAGUUUGGGGAUGCCUGCUCUAAAGUGACUAAAAGCACCAAAUGUGUGUAUCCAACCCCUGAAAUAAGUGCCAGGUUAAUUUAGCAAGCUUUAGAGGAAUUGAAAUUGCUUUCUGUUUUCUCUAGCAGUUAAUCUCUUGCACUCUCAUUUAAUUUCUCUUUUUUUAGGCACUCCAGGUAUCAUCUCCUCACCAUAUGCGGGAGCUGCUGGUUUUGCUCCUGCCAUUGGGUUUCCUCAGGCAGGCAAGUCCUUUUCAGUAUGCAUAAACCCUGUCUGUUAUUGGUCUGUCUGUUUGUUUUUGUUUAAACAGAUUAAUUAAAAUGGGCACUGGAGUAGACAAAGGACCUAGCACGCCUUUGUGUAUGUAGGCCAUGGUACUGUCAGAAAGCAGUGUCUUUUAUACUUUUCUGCACUUAAUUUUAGUUAGAGAGCUUGGGGCAUUUGGGAAUUCAUCUAUCUUUGGACAGGAAAAUGUUUUUUGCCAUGUUAAAGUGAAUCAUUGUAGUGGGGCUAUUCUUUUUGUACCUGUAUUUAACAACUAGCUGGAAGUAUGAGAACUCAAACCCCCAAUAUACUGAAAUAAAUCUUAACUCAUCAAGAAAUGGAAAAUCCGUAAGAAUGGGAUGGUACAGUUUUGGUUUGUCUUAUCAAGAUAGGCUGCAAAGAUUUAUUUGUGGUAUUUUAACCAGGUGAGGAGGAAUAAAUGGCAGGCCUUUGCUUAUUUAUGAAGCAUUUAUUAUAGAAUGUUUCGCUCUGAGCUUGUGCUUUAAAGUGAGAGAUAAAAAUUGAACUGCCAUGUACAUCUUCUGAAAUAUUUCUAUAGAUCUAUUUUGACUUUUCCAGGUCUCUCCGUCUCAGCUGUUCCCAGUGCACUUGGUCCUCUUGCAAUCACCACCUCUGCUAUGACUGGGCGAAUGGCUAUCCCAGGAAUGACUGGAAUGCCUGGAAAUUUCGUUUUGCUUGUUAGCAAUCUCAAUCCUGAUGUAAGCCUCAUAUAUAGUACUAAAGUUUAUAACAUAAACAUAGUUUGCAGUUAAGCUUAUGGCACUUAACCCAAAAUCUAAACUAGAGAUUGGAUAAUAACCAGUAUUAUCAAUGAAAAAUAUAACUAAAAUAACUUUUCAUGAUGUAUAUAUACAGUGGUACCUCGGGUUAAGUACUUAAUUCAUUCCGGAGGUCCGUUCUUAACCUAAAACUGUUCUUAACCUGAAGCACCACUUUAGCUAAUGGGGCCUCCUGCUGCCGCCACGUUGCCGGAGCACGAUUUCUGUUCUCAUCCUGAAGCAAAGUUCUUAAUCUGAAGCACUAUUUCUGGGUUAGCGGAGUCUGUAACCUGAAGCAUAUGUAACCUGAAGCGUAUGUAACCCGAGGUACCACUGUAUAUAUAUUUAGAACAUUCUGGGGCAGGGGAUGUUUGAAGUAAUUUUACUUUAUAAUAGCACUUUGGUUUACCUAAUAUUGUAUUUCACGUAUCUAUUCAUGCACUUGCUACCUGUUAAGGUUCUCUGGCAAUCCUAAAAUAAUUGACGCACCUUUUCUUUUUAAUACAUUAUGCUUGGUUAAAAAAUAUUGCCUUGUGAUUUUUUUUGCAGGCAAUCACACCAGAUGGACUCUUUAUUCUGUUUGGUAAGUUGGUUUGUGUACAACACCAGAUUAAAAUAAGAAAUAUAUUAGCUGAGGGACUGGUUUUUCAAAUUGUGUUGGUUUUAAAUUCCACGGAGUUGUCUACAUGUGGCGAUUAUUUAACUGUUAGGCAGUAGUUAUAUCUUAGAACAGGAGUGAGGAACCUUUUGAAUCUCAUCAACCUUCUGAGGACCACGUGCCAGUGAUAGACUGGGCAGAAUUGGGCAGGGCAACAAAUGUGAAUUUUACCUUUGUGCAUGAGGCCACUUUCUGCACACACUGAUACAUCCCUCUGUAUUAUCCAUCCAGACAAGAAAGAGGCAUUAUCAGAGGACACAGUCGUGCAAAAGAAUUUGGGGGUGAGAAGUAUGGGCGGUGAUGAGUGUGGUCUGAGGAAAUGGGGCACAUAUUGGGGACAGUUACAAGGUCCAGACGCGGGUAGCGCUGUGGGUUAAACCACAGAGCAUAGGACUUGCCAAUCAGAAGGUCGGCGGUUCAAAUCCCCGUGAUGGGGUGAGCUCCUGUUGCUCGGUCCCUGCUCCUGCCAACCUAGCAGUUCGAAAGCACGUCAAAGUGCAAGUAGAUAAAUAGGUACUGCUCCGGCGGGAAGGUAAACGCCGUUUCCGUGCACUGCUCUGGUUCGCCAGAAGUGGCUUAGUCAUGCUGGCCACAUGACCCGUAAGCUGUACGCCAGCUCCCUCGGCCAAUAAAGCAAGAUAAGCGCCGCAACCCCAGAGUCGGCCACGACUGGACCUAAUGGUCAUGGGUCCCUUUACCUUUACCUUUACAAGGGCCAGACAGGCCUGCUGGGUUGUAUUUUUGCUCCUAGAUUGAGGUUCCCAUUGCUGUUUUAGAAAUAAUCUGUCUCCCCAGUAACUAGUAAAUGGAUACGUGUCUAGAUUCUUUGCUAGCUCUUGCUGCAUUCUCAGCUGUAUUCAUUGCAAACACUGAUAAUCAGAUGCACAUUAUGUGCUUCUUAAACAUAUAUGUACUGGGCCAAGUAAAUGAUUACUUCAGGAUGGAAUAAUUGAGCUGAGGAUAAAACAAACUCUGGAUCUAUGCAUUCAUGUGGAAGAUGUAUGUAUUUAGUACACUCAUCAUAUUUGUGCAAUGCCUGGCUCUAUUUCUAACAAGCUUCACCAGCUUCCUGGUUGUUUUUUAAAUGUUCUCUUUGAAGUGAUCCUUAGCAUGACGUGGAUGUGAUACUCCAGUGUUGCAUAUAAAGGGUUGCAUUCAAUUAAGUUUUACUAGGAAUAGAGAUACUGAAAUUAAUAGAACUAACUUAGUCUUGGUCAUUCGUUCCAUUGGAUCAACUUGGUUAAAUAGUAGCCAAUAACUUGAAUGAGAUUGGUGCAUAAGGUGUGUUGAAAAAUACUUGUUUUGCUUUUGCAGGUGUUUAUGGUGAUGUCCAUCGUGUAAAAAUCAUGUUUAAUAAGAAGGAAAAUGCCUUAGUUCAGAUGGCAGAUGCAACCCAAGCCCAACUAGGUAAUAACAGUGUCUCGUUACAGUUUGCACAGGUCCGAUUGAAGAGCGCCUACUGCUCUUGGAGUCUUCAUUAAUGGGAGGGGGAGGGGAUUUUUGCUGGUUCCUCUAUUUCACCACCUCCUGUAUUCUGGGCAUUCCCCCAAACUUGUUGAGCAGGUUUUCAGGGGGAAAAUGAGUCUCUCCUCCACCUUCCGUUAAGGGGGUCUACUGUGAAUCAAAAGCCCUUUUGCAAGCGGAAGGGACCAAAUGGAUUAGAUCCAUUAUUUUAACUGUCCAUGAUUAAAUUGAAAGAGGUAUUCAGUCAUAGUAGGAAACACGUUUGACUGAAAAUAAAAAGAUGUGCUGGAGUAGCAACAUGUGCUUUCAGAAGCUCUCUGCAAAUCUGAACUCUUGAAAUGUACAACUGUGACUGAGAAUAAAGCUGAGUUGAAGUGUGUCUACUCCUCACUUAUUUGAUAACUGGGGCAAGCAUUUUGGAAGCACACAUUCAGUGGAGUAGCGUUCCAUCUGUUCUCUUUCUUGUUUUUAGCCAUGAAUCACUUAAAUGGACAAAAACUAUAUGGGAAGGUGCUGCGUGUCACACUCUCAAAGCAUCAGACAGUACAGCUUCCUCGUGAGGGGCAAGAGGAUCAGGGUUUGACUAAGGACUAUAGUAAUAGCCCUUUGCAUCGCUUCAAGAAACCCGGCUCAAAGAAUUUCCAAAAUAUCUUUCCACCAUCUGCCACUCUGCACCUAUCCAACAUUCCGUAAGUAUCUGAAUGUGAACAGGGGUAGCCCAAGUGACUUUUUCUCCUCUGCAAUCAUAUAACAAUAAUUAAUUUAAAUGGAGGACAAUUUGCUGCUCUUCCAUGACAUCUGAAAUCCCUUUCCCAAUGGCAGGGCUGGCCCUGGACAUGAACAGCUGGAUUUGAGAGGCAAGAAAGAGCAUGGCACAUCUGAGUUGCAGGACAGCUCCUCUAAACAAGUUGUGUUCUGUAACAGUCUGCUGCAUGACUUGCAGGUUUUGUUUACAUGACAAAUAAAACAAGCCAACUUGUAGGCCAUGGCCUAUAUACAGAGAAGCCAUUUGCUCAUGGGCUGGAAAUAAAUUCUUUUGUUCCAGUAGCAGCAGCAGCAGCUUGCAUCAGGAGAUGCUGAAGAGUUGCUUCAGAAGCUGUAAUUGUCUGCAUCCUGGGUGGAGUUUCUUGUGCAAUAAUUCCAUGGAUUUUAAGAGCAUCUCAAACAUUUAUGUACAGCCAUCAAGAACAGCAGAAUUCUGAAGUAGUCUAAAACAUGUUGUAUUGUGUUUUUAAUAUUCGGUUGGGAGCCGCCCAGAGUGGCUGGGGCAACCCAGCCAGAUGGGUGGGGUAUAAAUAAAUAAAUAAAUAAUAAUAAUAAUAAUAAUAAUAAUAAUUACUAUUACUAUUAUUACUAUUAUUUAUUACAUAAUUACAUAAUUCUCUAUAUAGCAAUGGUUUUCAGUCUCUGAUCUAAACUGGUGCUGGAUUAUGUCUGAUUAAUUGCUCAAGGGAAUUUUAGAUUCCUAAUACUGGGUGAUACCCUACAUUAGUCAUAGUCAGAGUUAUAUCCAUUGUAAACAAUGGAAUUAAGUUACAGUGGUGCCUCGCAAGACGAAAUUAAUUCGUUCCGCAAGUCUCUUCGUCUUGCGAGUUUUUCGUCUUGCGAUGCACGGUUUCCCAUAGGAAUGCAUUGAAAAUCAAUUAAUGCGUUCCUAGGAAACCGCCUUCAGACCAGGUCCGGGGACAGUCUGUCCAAGGCUGGGGGAGGCAAGGGCUUUUCUUCCCACCCCCAGCAUUUUAAAAAACCCCGGGACAGCGGAGGACUUCUCCGCUGUCCGGGCGAUCUUAAAAUGCUGGCGGGCGGCAUUUAAAAUCACCCGGGACAGCGGAGGACUUCUCCGCUGUCCGGGGCAAUUAAAGCCCCUGGGAAGGCAGGCAGGGGGACAAAGACUUUGCCCCCGCCAGCCUUCAGAAGAGGUCCUGGACCUCUUCUGAAGGCGGGCGGGCGAAGUCUUGCUCCCCCCGCCUUCAAAAGCCCUCCGGGACAGGCAGGCAGGGGAGCAAGGACUUUCGCCCCCGCCCGCCUUCAGAAGGUCUUCCCUCCCCCCGCCCGGCCCGGAGCACCGUUCCGAGCCGGGCGGCGGCGGGAGGUCUUCCCUCCCCCGCCCGGCCGGGCACCGUUCCGAAGCCGGGCAGCGGCGGGAGGUCUUCCCUCCCCCCGCCCGGCCGGAGCACCGUUCCGAAGCCGGGCGGCGGGAGGUCUUCCCUCCCCACCGCCCGGCUUCGGAGCACCGUUCCGAAGCCGGGCAGAGGCGGGAGGUCUUCCCGCCCCCCCCCCGCCCGGCGUCGGGGCACCCUUCCGAAGCCCGGCGGGGGCGGCCGGUGUUCCCGCCCCCCGCCCGGCCCGGAGCACCGUUCCGAAGCCGGGCGGCGGCGGCAGGUGUUCCCUCCCCCCGCCCGGCCGGAGGAGCCUUCCGAGCCCGGCGGCGGCGGGAGGAGGUGUCCCCGCCCCGCCGCCAGGCUUCGGAGGAGGUCCGAGGACAGUGGGGAAGACGCGCUGCGCUUCCCCGCUGUCCCUGAGAUUUCCUAUGGGCUGUCGUCUUGCGAAGCAAGCCCAUAGGAAAUUCGCUUAUGAGCGCCUCCAAAACGGAAAACCCUUUCGUCUAGCGGGUUUUCCGUCUUGCGAGGCGUUCGUCUUGCGGGGUACCACUGUAUGUCUGUCUAUUUAUUUCAGUGACUCUCCUCUGAGUAUUGUUUAGUUACAAAUCGCCCUGGAGUGGGUGGGGUAUUAAUGGCAUAAUCAAGGUUAAAGAAAAUAUUCAACACUGAAAAAAGUAAAAACAGCAAGCCCACAUUCUUCCACAAUAGUACAUAAUAAAAAGACAGUCCUACAACCUGUCAGAGCUAAGAAGGUUACCUCAUUCAGAGGAAUUGAAGUUAAACAAAAUAUUACAAAUUCUGCCAGAUAAAUUCGCACGUAAGAGGGGACAAGAGCCCAGAGAGGUUGGUUGUUUACCCUUUAUUUGUGAUGCCACUAGAAUAUAAGAAACCCAGAUUAUCUGUGAAAUGGGAAAAAGCCGAAAGGGGUGUUGUUGAGCUCUGUUUCUGGACAGGUAGCCAUGGUAGUAAGUUAAAGCAACACACCUUAAAAGCUAACCAGUUUAUUUUGACAUAAAUAAAAAAAUGUGGUGGUUUUUGUUGUUGUUGUUGUUGUUGUCGAGACCUGGAUAUUUAGCUAACACGAGGGAUUUAAUCUAUUACAGACCUUCUGUCACAGUAGAUGACCUGAAGAAUCUUUUUGCUGGUACUGGAUGUAUUGUGAAAGCCUUCAAAUUCUUCCCGUAAGUAUCCACUGUAAAUUAAGUUUUUUAAAGCAAGGAAUUCAUCCAUUGCAUUCAUACAGAUGGAAAAUACAGAUGGAACAUGAAAUUCAAUACUGGGACUUAAUCCGGGGUGUGUGUGUGUGUAAUUAUAUGAACUUGCACCACUUAAAUACCGUAUUUUUCGCACCUGACCAUAACACGCACACGCACCUGACCAUAACACGCACAUAGUUUUUAGAGGAGGAAAUCAAGAAAAAAAUAUAUUCUAAACGAAACAGCGGAUGUAUGAUUUUUGUGGUUCAUGCUGCGGCCACAGACAUGUGAUCCGACGGUGAGUUUGGAGUAGCCCAAUGCAAAAAUCCUGAGGAUCCAUGUGGAUCCAUGCUUUGUAACCACGUUUUUGCACCACUGCGGCCCCAGGCAACAGUGGGUGCGUGAUUUUUUUGGUGCAAGCUGUAGCCAUGGACAUGCUAUGUGAUCUGAUGGUGAAUUUGGGGUGACCCAGUGCAAAAAUCCUGAGGAUCCAUGUGGAUCUGUGCUUUGUAACCACGUUUUAAGUGGGGAGGGAAGGAAAAGCACUCAAGGGACAAGGGACAUGCGUGGGGUGGGUGGAGAAGGAUGCUGUUAAUAAUGCAGAAGAGGGGUAUAAGAGGAGAACGCUCCUCUCCUCUCCCACUUUGCUCCUUUAAAGCAAGCAGGCUCUCUGUCCCUCUCUCCUCUCCACUCAGUGGCUCUUCUCCCGCUUUGCUGUUUCAAAGUGAGCCAUGGAGGAGGGAAGGAAGGGGAACCAUGGAUCCUCUGCUCACGACUGCAGCAGAUCCCCCCGCCAUCCGUAGGCAUUCGCUCCAUAACAUGCACAGACAUUUCCCCUUACUUUCUAGGAGGAAAAAAGUGAGUGUUAUGGUGCAAAAAAUACGGUAGGUCCUUUCUCUUACACAUAAUUUCCUGUAAAGAAAGCUGCAGAAGCUGAGAAGCUAUAGCUGGAAGUCUUUGGUUCAGCAUAAUCUUGCACUAAGCAAGGUUCUGGAAAACUGAUGUGUGGAAGGAAGGGAGACUUAACCAGCUAGCAGCUGAGCUUCUUGGUGUUCAUCUCUUGAGAUGAAGGCCAAAUAAAAGACCAGACAUGAAAUGCCUACAGAUUGUACCAUAUCAUACUGUGUGUUUGGAAUUGUCUUGUGGUUCUGUUUCACUGAUUAUCUGUCAGAGAUGAAGCUGAGGAGUGCUGCUCUGAUGAGGAAUGGUGGGAACCUCCCCCUCCCCCUGCUCCUGACCAGGAUCCUGAAGCUGCCCAGGAGCAGUAUAGAUUUGGAACAGUGGUUUGCAGAGGGGCAUAGUUCUGAAGACAAAAGUUGGAAAGAACUGGAGUGUGAACAGCAAAGUGAAGAAGAACUGGAAGAGAGAGAGAUAACAGACUCUCUCUUGCUGGAAAGUAUUCAGCAUAUCAGUCCAAGGUCACGUGGAGCAGGCAUGUCCAACAGGUCGAUCGUGAUCUACUGGUCCGAUCACGAGAUGUCCAUGGUCGAUCCUAGUCGAUCGUGUGAUCAUUCACGAUCGUACCCCCACAAAAAAAAGAAGCUUAACAGGUUUGCCUGCCCUAAAAAAAAAAAAAGAAGCAGCUCAACAACUUUGGCUCCCCCCCCCAAAAGAAAGCACAACAACUUUGCCUGGCAAUGACCAUGGACAGAUCACAGCCAGUAUUUUUAUACUAUGACUACAGUCAUACCUCAUGUUAUGUUUGCUUCAGGUUGAGCGUUUUCAGGUUGCGCCCCGCGGCGACCUGGAAGUACCAGAAAGGGUUACUUCCGGGUUUCGCCACUCGCACAUGCGCAGAUGCGCAAAAUGGCGUCAUGCGCAGAAGAGGGUUGUGUUCCUUUCAGGCUGAAAACGGGCCUCCGGAACAGAUCCCCUUAGCAACCAGAGGUACCACUGUAGAUCGCAUUCUCUUGGGAGUUGGACGUGCCUGAUAAGGUGGCUGAUAAGGAGGGAAGUGGGUGGAAUUCUUAAUUGGGAACACCUUUAUUCCGAGAAUGAAUGCUUUGUUCUUUUGCUGUGAUCAUUAAAGACUCUUUAAAUGGUAAGGGACUCUUCGCUUUGUCCUGCUUAUCUACGGCCAGAGGGAAGGAGGAAGCUGGGUCCCGGGAGCCUGACAUUAUCCUGAAACUUAGUUCUAAAAGUGCACUAAGAUUUUGGGACGUGAAGAACUCUUUAAGAUGUGGUUGGGAUUGACACUUUCCUUUUCACUUUUAGAAAAGACCGCAAAAUGGCUCUCAUCCAGUUGGGCUCUGUGGAAGAAGCAAUCCAAGCUCUUAUUGAGCUUCAUAAUCAUGACCUUGGAGAGAACCAUCACCUCAGAGUUUCCUUCUCCAAAUCUACAAUCUGACACUUCUGUGACCUUUUGCUCUUUAAGACUCUACCCACAAUUACCAGUAAAAUUCAGACAAGAGACUGGAGUAGCCAAAACCAACGCUGCGUCCUUAAACCAUUAAACUUGUGUGGCUCAUGUGUAUUACUUUACACAGUAAAUGAAUCAAGGGAUGAUUUUUCAUAUCUUCUUCUGUUUAAAUGGCUAACAGUCCUCCACAAAAUUUUCUUCUGUAGUAUUUAAUAACGCAACAUUUUCAGUAGAAGCCCCUCUUUUGUUUUUAAUGAUUUCAGAGGCAUAUUUUUUUGGUUUUUAUUCCAAAACAAUGUUACACAACAUUUCUGUGCCCCGUUAAACUAUCCUAUCAAAAUAAUGUUUUCAAAUAGAUCUAGUGGAUUAUUUUAAGCACAUAGAGUGUUCUGUGGGGGAUUUAUUUGACCCCUUAGCUAAUAAUUUUAAUCAGUACCUGUUGAACAUAUUGGAGGAAAGGCAGUGCCUUCUUUUUCCAUGGAGCAAGGUAAUUUUUUUUCAAAUAAAUUGUGUAAAUGACACAGGUACAUUAUUUUAAUGUGAUCAUAGUGAAAUUUUAAACUAGGUAUUGAAUCAUGGUGUGAGAGACCACUAAUUUUUAUUACUAUGAAAUGCUGUGUAAUAAGAUUUUGGAGAAAAUGAAAGAAGAAAUAUGUCCUGAUUUCAAGUUUUGUACAUUUCUUUCAGAAACAAAAAAUGUUUACACUCAUAAGGAAAAAAAAUUCAGGUCUGUCAUAUGGUUUGACAAAUUUUUAGAAAGGUUAUUUUUGGUAAGGUCUUGUUUAAAAAUAUAAAAUUAAACCUCAAGGGUUUUUUGUACCACUAUAAUCUCUAAUACUUAAAUCAGAAUUACUGUGUAUUUACUUAAUUUCUUACGUGCCUUAUUAUGUGCUUAUAAUGAUACAAUAGUUAGAGUUUUAUCUGAAGUAUCUUUAAACUGUAUUGUGGCUUGGUGAGAUUUUUUUUUUUCCUUUGUCCUAGUUUUUAAACGCUUGGUGAUUUAAAAAAAAUGUUUUAAUAAGUAAUAGUCAAAUCAGAUUUUUGGUGCUUUGGUACAGGGGUGGUGGUGGGGGACUAAAGAUAACUCAAUGCACAUCCUUAUAGGCCUCACAAUAUUUUGGAGGUUGCCGUUGAGUGACACCACUGUUGGGUUUUAAAGAAUGUUCUCCAGUUUCUGUAUGAUAUCUAACCUGUAGAGCCAUUGGCUCUUUGAGAAUAUUUUGCCUCAGGAUUCCUUUUCACCCAACAGUACUUGCUUGCUGUACUAAAUGUGGACUGGCUUUCCUCCAUAAAUAUCACAACUUCAAUACUGAAUGUUCACUCCUCUUUGGAGAGCAGGAUGAGAUGCAAUCUUAACUAUUUUUUGUGAAAUCUAGGCAUACACAAAUUAUUUCUAUGAUUGUAAUACAAUGUUUUUAGAGGUGUCUCAAGAUGUUACGUCUACUGAAAUUUUUCAUUGUUUUGUAAGGUAUUCCUCUCAAGUAUAAGGGUUAUUAAUCCUUAAAUUGUGUUGAAGAUGGACACAGAGACUUAAGAAGUGAAAUGGAGUGUAAUGAUUUGUAGCUCUCAAUUCUGCUUUUGGGUUUUGUUUUUUUUAGCAAGUCAAAUUGCUCUGUGAAGACUGGCUGUUGGUCAGCAAAAAGAAUUCCAUAGCUUUAGAUCUAGUUUGAAAGCUUCUUUUAAAAUGGUAACUUGGUAACUUAUCUUUGAGAUGUCAGCUUCUUGAUAACAUCACUGUAGGAUGAAAGGAUAGUCAGUGAGACAUUUUUGCAACCUUAUAUAGCUAUAUUUGUGUCAGCUGGCUGAUAAAUCACCUUUGGACAUUAAAUGAAUGUGUUCAUUUUGUCACCCGAUAAGAGUGUGUGUAACGCUAGACUAACGUCCAGUAAUAACUGAUCCCAUAUUCAAAGUCCACCACUGCUUUGCAGCUGUUUGAAAAUAGCAUUUUAAAACACCUAGAAUACCAAUAUCUUCUUUUGUUUUAGCAAUGCAGUUUAAUUGGUCCCAAAUUCCAGCCUAAAUGGGUCUCCUUCAUUCCAUGGAACCAUGACUUCAAGUAAGCAUGUUCAAGAUGACAGCCCAUUUAGGUGUGUAAAUUAAAUAGCUUUUUGGAUUUAUAUCCCCAAUCAAUAUAGCUCCUCUUUAGAAUAAUUUCCUAAGUUACCUUUUAAUCUUGGUCACCAUGUGUUUAAUGCUGCUACAAAGGGGACGUUAUUGCAGUUGAUGAAUGUACCUGAAGUAGGGGAAAAACAAGUUCUGAGAAUGAGCAUUAGCAUGUAUAAUAUCAAGGGUGGGGAGUGUGUGUGUGUGUGUGUGUGUGUGUGUGCUGUGUGAAGUUUCCUAUAUGUAUGCUAAUACACAUUGCAAGCAUUUAAUUUAUUGACUUAACUAAUCUAAAAACAAAACGUACCUUCAUAAUGCUUAACAGAGAAGUAAAUGGUUAAUCCUAACAUGAAAGACAGCUUCACUUAGUCCCUAGAAAAUGCCCUUUCUAGACAACGUGUCGUUGUAAGUAGUCAUUUCUCGACUACUUUGAGUUGUAGGGCGUACGGUUUAUAUGCUGGCAAACUUUUUUUUUUUUUUAAUUUUAUUUUGGAUAUACUCAACAUAUUCUGUGUGGUCUUGUCAUAAUUAUGUUAUAUUCUGUAUUGAUCAUCUUGGUUGUAGUGCAUGUGUGUUCAAUGAUUGGGUGGUUGAUUUCAUUUUUGAAACUGUUUCUCCAUGAGGUGCAAAUACGAGAAAUGGCAGUACAGUACACACUUUGUUUGCAUUUAAAACAGUAAUUCCAUUUACAGCAAUAGCUAAGCUUGAUUUCCCUCCUCCCCAUCAAAGCAAAAGAAACUUAGUCCCACAAUGGCAACACUUUCUGGCCCCUUUAUUCUUUUGCUGCAGAACUCUAGCAUCUGGUCUGUCACCAUUUAGCAGAUCUACAGUGAAUGUCCUGCAAGAUUAAGGUGUUCAAGAGGAUGUUGUUAGCAUCCCUUUGUGAAAAAAUAUUUGACAAGAAGUUUAGUGCAGAGUAACUUACUUUUCCAGACUUACUUGGAUCUUUGCUAGCCUUCCUAUUAUCAACUGAAUUUUCUCUCUCCCGAAAGCGGUUGCGAUUUUAAUCUGCGAGUGGCCCUUGCUUUCAAAGUGAAUCCUGUCUGUGUCCCAGUCACCUGUGUGCCAGACAUUUCUGUCACCUGUAGAGUAUGGGAUAGGUGUUUAAGGCUUUGGCCAAUGAAGUCUUUGAAGAAUGCUGGCUUUUAAUAACAUUUAAAUAUUUUUGCUCAUUAUGCAACCUCAGCAAAGGUUCCCUUUUAGCAUUUUGGGCGAAGGAAAUAUUUUUCUCAAUUGGAAGAUUUGCAGUUUCGUUCAUUGUAAGAAAGAAAUGCUAACAAAUCAAAUUAAGGGAUAUGUAACACACAGGAGCCAAUGUGGUUUAUAAAGUAAACAAGCCUAAAUCUCCUUGGUGUUGAGAGGCCAGAUUUAAAAAUGGUAUUUUAAGUUACUUAACUGAUUAGUCACCUACAGUUGCCUGUGAUUCUUACUUCUAGAGGCGAAGCUAUUAUAGCUUUCACAACCGAAAGACAAACUGCUGCUAGCUUUUGGAUACAAACUGGAAGGGAAAACUGGCUCAGGAAGGCCAGAGUGCAUAGUUACAAGGCUUCAUGUCUUGCAGUCUUUGCUUUUUAGCCCCACGAAAAUCUGGGGAGAGGGGCUUUUAAUACUCUAAUGAAAUUUUUGAUUGCACCGUUAAAUCAACUAAGCCCAUCCAGACACUUUUUGCAAGUUACAGAACUUCAAAGAUAUGUUCAUUUUAAGCCUUGGCCCCAAAACUUGGUUGCCUUUCGUGUCUCCCACCUGUUGCAUGAUUACUGUGCUUGGAGAAUUUAUUGAGGGCUCGCUGUGCCUAUAUCUAUCUCCGAAUGUAGCCUUGAGUUGUCCACGUGGCACCUCUUUUUCCCAGACGGAGAGAUUGUGCAGUGGAAUCUUGUUGCUGUAAAAUAAAGCAGAGCGUGUGAAUUUUGCAGUGAACGAGCCUAUCUAACUGCUACACUUUUUACUAUGACCAAGAGAGAGACAGCUGGAUAUGGGCUUUUUUUCUGGGAAUGACGAACCUGAGGUGUGCUCUUUCAGUCUUCAUCCUGUUAUAUGUAGUAUGUACUGCUAUUUUCAAAGGAGAGGGGCUGAGUAGUUUACUGUAUUAAAGCCAUUUUUAUUUGCCUUGACUUUUUUUUUGUGGACUGGUAACUCUGAACAAAACUGUCAGAUUUAAAACAGUUGUGCUGAAAACUGUUCAGGUCGCACAGAGAUUUUCUUGAAGCAAACUAACUCCUAAUUGUCUUUGCAAUUAUCUGUCUGUGGUAUAUGAGACUGUUCUUAAUUUUUAAAUCAAAUCUUAACAAUUAGGAAUUAUUUGAAGAAAUUUAAAACUUCGAAGAUUUAAUUUCAGGGUUUUUACGAAGAAGAAAACAAUAUGGGACCAAAGUUUAUGUGCCUUCAGUAGUCUUGUGUAAUUUUUUUGCUAUCUCUUUCAGUCUUUAGAAUAAAUACUAUUGUUUUCAAGAAAAUGUGUAUUUAUAUAGUAAAAAAAACACACCAAAUGACCCAUGAACUAUCCAUAUGUGCAGUCAAUUGCUAACUGUUUCAUUUGGGUUUAGUAUCCCUUUGCUUUAUACCAUUAUAACAUGAAUCAGACUGCACCACACAGGAAUUCAUGUUCAACUCUAGGCAUGUGGCUCGUGGUUGUCACAGUAGCUUGCAACUGGGACAUUAUUAAAUAUUGAGGAUCCUUGUAUCCAGAAAUCCUCAGUUAUAAAUGAAGAGUGCAUGCUUUGGUAGAAUUUUCAAUUCUUGGAUCUAUGUGCAGUAUUAGGAAUGAUAGUGAAAAGUCUAACCAGCGAUGUACUUAGAUUCAUCUUUCUUUGACCAUGUUUUUUGCUGUUUUCCAAAUUCAUUCUCCUGUUCCUGAAAACAACUCAUCCUGGUCUCAAAAUACAGUUGCUGACCAAGCAAAUUGUUGUAUCAGAUUUGUCACCUCAUUGCAAUGACCAAAGAUUGUCUGCUCUGGUUUUACUGAGACAUCUUGCCAGUUCUCUCUCUUUCUCAAGCGAUUUUUUUUCCUGAAAGACUCGGUGUAAAGUGGCCUUUUAUAUGAAUGUUAUUGGUGAAUGGACUACUUAAUGGGAAAUUAGAUUUUUUUAAAAAAAGAAAGAAAGAGAAAAGCGAACCAAAUGUAAUGGCAUAAGGCAAGAGGCUGAUGGAAAGAGAGUGCUGUGUUAAGAGAAAGAAUUACAAUUACAAGAGUCAAAACAUUCCCUUUUCAUGUCUUCACCAAUCCCUUUUUAAGUUUGUAAAAAUAUUCAUCUAACACAAGAAAAUGCUGUAAAUAUUUAUAACAACAUUUUUUACCUGUCAAAAAAAAAAAGGUUUUUGGGAACAAGUAUAAAAUGGUUUUUAUAUUUAAAGAAAAAACAUCAAUUAUCUUGUAUAUUUUGAUAAGCAACAGUACCAGCUUUCAUUUGUUAAGCAGCUUGUGGCAAUUGGAGGGGGGAAAGGAUUUCAUGUUGUUGAGAUGACUUGAUGUUAUAAAUGCAAAGAAGUUGAAAUAUUAAAGAAACCUAUUUUCUAACUGCGUAGUGCAUGGUUAAUUUGAACUUCUGUACACUGCCGGAUGCUCCAUUCCUUUUUAAGUUUUGUGUAUUUGAUUAUUACUUGAGUAUCUAUACUUAACUCUUUUUCUAACAACUCUAGUUGUAGCAUGCCUCUUAAUAAAUGUCAUGACAUCUGUACUCUCA